UGCAAUGAGCAGAGCAGCUCUGAGAGUGGGGAGGGAGGGAGGGAGGAGAGCAGCAGUGUACCUGCAGCAGGAUGCAGCAGCUCCCUCCACCUAUCUCAGCUUCCUAAAACCUCUGUAUGUCCUUUCAUCUGCUGCUGUUUGUACCCUGCUUGGCUCCCGUCUCUCCUGCCGGCCCCUUGGCUCCCACCCCUCCCCCACUCCGCAGAGCACACGUGAAAAAUAUCCUCACAUAUACACAUCACACAUACACACACGUUCAUGUGCGAUAUGGGGGAACUUGGUGCACCACACCUAAGCAAUGCGUCCAUGUUUCCAUCACCCUUUCAGGUGCCAGACCGCCAGACAGACAGUGGCCGUGUCCGAAUACCCAUACUAGCGUACUAAAUAGUAUGCGAAAAAAUACAGUUUUAUAGUAUGUGAAAUUUUGAAAAUAGUACUCCAAAUACGUCAUCUAAUGCACGAUUGCAUUGACUCCCUCCAUUCGUUCAUUUUGGUCCAGCGCAUCCAUUUAUUUUAUUAUCAUCUGUUGUCUAACAUGUGAGUCGGAAAGACGAGUGAAUUCUACUAGAUCAAACGGCAAGAUUAUUAUUUUAUUUUAGUCAUUUAGCAGACGCUCUUAUCCAGAGCGACUUACAUGAGCAAUUAGGGUUAAGUGCCUUGCUCAAGGGCACAUCAACAGAUUUUUCACCUAGUCGGCUCGGGGAUUAGAACCAGUGACCUUUCGGUUACUGGCACAACGCUCUUAACCACUAAGCUACCUGCCGCCCCCAGUACUACAUACUUAUGCAGUUUAAGUAUGUAGUACGCUAGGAUGGUAUUCGGACACGACCAGAGGGUGUCGCGGUCAACCCAACGCAUCACCAGGGGCACACUCCAGGACAUCUACAGCACCCGGUGUCACAGGAAGGCCAAGAAGAUCUUCAAGGACCUCAGCCACCCGAGCCACGGAAUGUUAACCCCACUACCUUCUAGCCUCACGAGUGGCGCAGCUUGAGGCGUCACUACAGACCCGGGUUCGAUCCCAGGCUGUGUCACAGCCGGCUGUGACUGGGAGACCCAUUAGGUGGCGCACAAUUGGCCCAGCAUCGUCCGGGUUAGGGGAGGGUUUGGCCGGCCGGGAUUUCCUUGUCCCGUCGCGCUCUAGCGACUCCUUGUGUGCAAGCUGACUUCGGUCGCCAGCUGGAUGGUGUUUCCUCCGACACAUUGGUGUGGCUGGCUUCCGGGUUAAGCGAGCAGUGUGUCAAGAAGCAGUGCGGCUUGGCAGGGUCGUGUUACGGAGGACGCAUGGCUCUCGACCUUCGCCUCUCCCGAGUCCGUAGGGGAGUUGCAGCGAUGGGACGACUGUAACUACCAAUUUGGAUAUCACGAAAUUGUGGAGAAAAGGGGUCACUACCAUCUAGAAGGCAGAGACAGUACAGGUGCAUCAAAGCAGGGACUGAGAGACUGUUAAACAGCUUCUAUCUCCAGGCCAUCAGAUUGUUAAACAGUCAUCACUAGCUGGCUACCACACGGUAUCUCCAGUAUCUCAGAAAUGUCUGCCCUCCUGGGCUUUUCACGCACGAUAGUGUCUAGGGUUUACCGAGAAUGGUGCGACAAACAAAAAACAUCCAGUCAGCGGCAGUCCUGUGGGCGAAAACAGCUCAUUGAUGAGAGAGGUCGAAGGAGAAUGGCAAGAAUCGUGCAAGCUAACAGGCGGGUCACAAAGUAACGGUGCAGUACAACAGUGGUGUGCAGAACUGCAUCUCGGAAUGCACAACCUGUCGAUCCUUGUCACGUAUGGGCUAUUGCAGCAGACCACACCGGGUUCCACUCCUAUCAGCUAAAAACAAGAAGACCAGGCUCCAUUGGGCACACAAUCACCAACACUGGACAAUUGAGGAGUGGAAAAACAUUGCCUGGUCUGAGAAAUCCUGGUUCCUGUUGUGUCAUGCUGAUGGCAGAGUCAGGAUUUGGCUUAAGCAGCAUGAGUACAUGGACCCAUCCUGCAUGGUAAAGGCUGGUGGCAGUGUACUGGUGUGGGGAAUGUUUUUCUGGCACACUUUAGGACCCUUGAUACCAAUUGAGCAACGAACAUUUCCGACACCUUGUAGAAUCCAUGCCUCGAAGAAUUCAGGCUGUUCUGGAGGCAAAAUGGGGUCCAACCCAGUACUAGAUGGGUGUACCUAAUAAACUGGCCGGUGAGUGUAUAUUUAUAUUCCGGGCUCUGACAUAUCUUAAUUAUAUAUACUGUUCUUUACUUUUUGGUUAUUAUAUUGCUAGAUAUUACUGCACUGUUGGAGCACUAGAAACACAAGCAUUUCGCUGCACCUGGGAUAACAUCUGCAAAUCUGUCUACGCUACCAAUAAACUUUGAUUUGACAGACAGGGCAUCCCUAACCCUGGUCUGGUCCACUGAUCAGUUAGCUCUAAAAAGAGGAUUAAAUCCAGUUGAUGUCUGACUGCCCCCCCAACCCACUCCCUCUCUCACCAGUCUAAUCCAAAAUGACUGUGGCUCAAGGCUCCGGACUGGCUUUUGAAGAUGGCUGAAUUUAGGUUUAUUCCCCCCAUCCCACCUCAACCUCCCAUGGUCACACCCUUCUAAUGAAAACGAUUCGUAGCCUGUGUCCGUUCCCCAUCCCCAGCCCGAAUGAUUUGAGAGGAGUCUCUAUUUUCUGGCUGUGUUGUGUGUCAGCUGUUUUUAUACUGGAGGUUCCUGUUUAAAGAGCUGCUCCACUAAGAAGAGAGUCACUUGAAAAGAAAAUGGGCUCUUUGGUGGUUUACUGAGGACCAGGCUAGAGAGCCACUAAGAUAAGACCAGGCUAGAGAGCCACUAAGAUAAGACCAGGCUAGAGAGCCACUAAGAUAAGACCAGGCUAGAGAGCCACUAAGAUAAGACCAGGCUAGAGAGCCACUAAGAUAAGACCAGGCUAGAGAGCCACUAAGAUAAGAUUUAGUUAUUUGGCGUCCAUGUGAUUUAUGAUUGUCAAGUCCAUUUGGGCAAAUGAGGCCGUGGGUGGCUUUGGUCAUUCAAGAGCCCACCCUAAGCUUCGGUAAAUAAGACACAAAUAAGGGGCGUCACGACAACUACCUAUAUACAAGUUUGUCCCAUUCAUUUGUUUAUACUAGAACUGGCUUCAAGUAUCGAAACCAUACCGUGGUAGGAUCCUGAAGUGUGGGUGUGCCUGUAGUCUGUCUCCCAAUGGACUCUCUGGGUCAGGGGAGCCCCGGUGGCCCAGCCAGGGUGAGCCGUAUUGGGUUACAGAUGGAGGCAUUCCUCCCUGCCCAGGCCUUAGCUGUGAAAGCCACCGCGCCACGUCCAAAAACAAACAGCCUGCACUGGGGGAAGACCAGUUCACGCUUGCCGUGGUGGUGGUUCAAUUUGUAGAGUAGUAAUAAAUGCUAUAGUUGGCUUUAAGUUUUCCAAAUAACCCUGUGGGUAAAACGUGCAGCAUGUUGGCUGUGUUUAACUAACACGUACCUGCCAGUGUGGAUCUGAGCCCACUUCUUUAACUACAGUAGAGAAUGAAACCAGCUCAAAAAAGCCUCUAUUCUGUACCUGAUCCGCCUGACAGACCGCUUUCCAGCUUUCCAGGUUUUCCUGUGUUGAUAUUUAAGGAACCCAGGUCACCGUGACAAGUCUCCUCUUGAUUGUGGGAGGUCCUAUGAUUCGCUGCUUGUUUUGACAGCUACCUCCAUUGGAGGGGUGGGUGGGUGUUUAGGGAUCACCACGGUAACGCAAUAAAGUGGAGUGAACUCCAGGUUAGUGAGGCGGGCGGAGUGGAGUGAGGCAUGCUGGGUAGUUGGUGCCCCUCUACUCUGGAAUGUGUCCUACAAUAGGUGUGGACAGGACAGGUGUGUGUUUGUUUGUGUGUCUGUGAUUGUGCUUGUGGAAGAUGGCAGUAGAGAAGCUUAAACACCUGACACAUUAAGUAAACAUUUAUUUAACUGUUUGUGUGCCUCCCUGUGUGAUUGUACCUGGCACUAACUACUGAGCCAGAUGUUUGGGUGGUGUGUGUGUGUGUGUGUGUGCAUACCAUACCAGUGCAAGUGUUCAAAGUUUUCUUGAGGGCUUGUGGAUUUUGUGUUAGUGUUAAGGUCAUUAUAAGGACCUCUCUUAUUCUCCCUGCCAUGUUUGUAGUUUAAUACUUUAGAAUAUGGGCGUGGCCAAUGGCGUGUCUGACCGAAACCUUUAAAGGCACUCCUCUUGGGCACAAAGACAAAAUAUUUUUUAAGGGUAAUUUCCUGCAAUUCUACACAUUUUGUCUACACAUUUUGUCAUGUGGCUGAAAGAAAAAUAAAUCUGUUUUAAAGCAAAUUUCCUGCAAUUCUACACAUACCAUGGCCUAUACCAUGUUCUUAUGCUAGCUGAGUGACUCAAACAUUAUAACAAUAUCAAUGGGGUCCCCAUGCCAUGACAUACAUUUUUGAUUCUCCCUGACUGUCUAGUUUUAUAUUUUGGUGAUAUUUAGUUCUCAAAGGGCGGCAGGUAGCUUAGUGGGUAAGAGCGUUGUGCCAGUAACCGAAAGGUCGCUGGUUCUAAUCCCCGAGCCGACUAGGUGAAAAAUCUGUCGAUGUGCCCUUGAGCAAGGCACUUAACCCUAAUUGCUCCUGUAAGUCGCUCUGGAUAAGAGCGUCUGCUAAAUGACCAAAAAAAAACAAAAAAUUUAAAUAUACACUUCAUAUGUGGUUUUAGUUGUUUACGUUUACACUGAAAACGUUUUACUAGCCGGCCGCUGCUAAAUUAAUAUAGGGGAAACACUGGGUUUAUGCCUGUGUUUUAUGAUUUGUAGAAGAUGAUGUGUAUCGUAUGUUGCCUACGACCAAAGUUUUGAAUGGGUUCAGGUGGUUUUGCAGUCAGCUUGUAGGCAGCAUUUGACCAGAGUGGAAAGCACUAGUAAAUGGUUCUUUCAUGGCAGAACUGAUCUAUUAGAGAGUAAAGGCGCCUGUAACCAAUUAUCUUCAAUGGACAGCAGCAGGCAGGUUUGAUUUCUAAAGGCAUAACACAAUCUUAUUACAGUAAUUGACUUCAAUUAGAAGGAAUAGUAUAAUUCCAGGUAAUGGUUCAUUUAAGAGUGAAAUAACUCCACCAAGGGCCUUUACUUUGGAUGGGACCUAGGAGGGCCUGGAGUUAUUCUCUCAUUCUUUUCAUAUUCAGUUCAACGUAAAGGCAAUGGCUGAGAAGGGUUGAAGGGUGUAAUAAAUUAAAUAACACGACCUUGUCAGCAAAUUACUGGUAAUGAAGUGAGACAUUCACGUCACAGCAAAAGAAAACCUCUGAAAUUAAGCAAUCCAUGUGUAUUUGCAUCGGUAUGAAGCGAGUUUGGGCCUCAUGUGAUUUAGUUUUUAAAGCAGCAAGUCUUUCUACAGAUACUAACCCUGUUUUUCUCUCCUCUCUCUCUGCAGAGAAUCUUCAACUCGUUUGUGUACACAGAGAAGACCUCGAACAGAGAGACCGAGGUACAGCAGGUGAGUCACUCUGGGUGCUCCGUUCUGUCUGUGUGUGUGUCUAGUGUGCGUGUGUGUGUGUAUGUGUGUGUGUGCGUGCAUAGUAUGUGCGCUUGUGAUUGUCUGCCGCAGUAAACACACACAGCCAUCAUCAGAGGGAAAGAGGGCUUAUUAAAAUUCUACAGCUGCCGUCUCUCUGUUUUUCACUCCUCCCCACCAUCCUCCCCUCCAUCCUCCCCACCAUCCUCCCCACCAUCCUCCCCUCCAUCCUCCCUACCAUCCUCCCCUCCAUCCUCUCCACCAUCCUCUCCACCAUCCUCUCCUCCAUCCUCCCCUCCAUCCUCCCCUCCAUCCUCUCCUCCAUCCUCCCCUCCAUCCUCCUCUCCAUUCUCUUCUGCACUACACAGUGUCUGUGCAGUAAGGCUUCCCUCUGACAAGGUGAUGCUGAAAUAAAAACUGGUCUCUCUCUACCUGAACUGCAAUGCACUAUUAAAGACUGAAUACAUGUAAUUUCAUCUCCACUCUCCCAUGGUUGGUAGGAGAGAGGCUACAUGAGAAUCCUAGCUAGAUCUGUUAAAUCAAACAAAUGUCAUUCAACUUUAUUUAUCCCUUCAGGAGCAAUUAAGAAAGGCAAAGCCUGCUGCCCAGCUAGCCCAGUGUGUUGAGAGUACAGUAAUAUGUUAGUGUGUUCCUCUGGUCCUGGGCACUGUGGGCAGAGCUAGUAAGCUGGCACUAUGUAGAGUAGUAGACAACCACAGCAGUCCGUUUACUGCCCAUCCCUGCGCUGCAGUGGUCUGUGAUGUUUUCACUGUUUGGUUUGGCAGACUGGCAGUUUCCAUUUCCACUGGCUCAGUAUAAUACAGUACAUUCAUUUGCAUACCAAGUGCAAACCAAUUCUAUAUGUAGAAACUGACAAAUGUCGGCAGUCAAACGCCUACCAGCAGUGGUCCCUAAAACACACCGCCCCGAAAGAACGACAGAUCAACGUUCAGUGCAGUGUGUGCGGUCCCUAAGCCUCAGGACAAUUAAGCAUUACCAAGACCAGACUUGGCAUCGCUGGGAAGAUUCUCCCUGGGUAGGAGAGAGAUGGCAUGUUGGCAUCAUGUCAGCCAAACGGCACCAAUUAGAGCUGAAUCCACAUUGGGGAGGAAGCCCAAAGACAAAACACUGACAGAGAGACGGGCAGAGAGAAGGAGCCUGGCACCCUGGCUCCCCUUCACUCUCCUCUCCCUCCCUCUACCCAGCUUGCAUAGGAGCAGGGAGAGGGGAGGAGAGAGGGACAUCUGUCACUAAGUAAUGACAUGGGCUGGCCCACUCCUCUCAUCCCAAAAUGAUGGGUAAAGUGUAAUGAACAUGAUUGUAGAUGGUUAUUUGGUUUAGGUGGUGUUUUUACAGUAUACUCCAGGAUAUGUUCUGCCUCCCCUCCACUCUGAGAGACAUGUAAGGAAGAUGUGUGUUAUCAGGAAAUAAAUCUGGAACCAAAAUGAGGGGCGUUUUUUUGAAGAGCCAACUCAGACUGAGACAGUGGAGUAGACGUCUCCUAUUAGAUCUCCUCAGCUUUACGUCUGCUGUUUGCUGCUCUGGGGAGACAAGAUGGAGUCUGCUGUUUGCUGCUCUGGGGAGACAAGAUGGAGUCUGCUGUUUGCUGCUCUGGGGAGGUAAGAUGGAGUCUGCUGUUUGCUGCUCUGGGGAGACAAGAUGGAGUCUGCUGUUUGCUGCUCUGGGGAGAUAAGAUGGAGUCUGCUGUUUGCUGCUCUGGGGAGAUAAGAUGGAGUCUGCUGUUUGCUCCUCUGGGGAGAUAAGAUGGAGUCUGCUGUUUGCUGCUCUGGGGAGACAAGAUGGAGUCUGCUGUUUGCUGCUCUGGGGAGAUAAGAUGGAGUCUGCUGUUUGCUGCUCUGGGGAGACAAGAUGGAGUCUGCUGUUUGCUGCUCUGGGGAGAUAAGAUGGAGUCUGCUGUUUGCUCCUCUGGGGAGAUAAGAUGGAGUCUGCUGUUUGCUGCUCUGGGGAGACAAGAUGGAGUCUGCUGUUUGCUGCUCUGGGGAGAUAAGAUGGAGUCUGCUGUUUGCUGCUCUGGGGAGACAAGAUGGAGUCUGCUGUUUGCUGCUCUGGGGAGAUAAGAUGGAGUCUGCUGUUUGCUCCUCUGGGGAGAUAAGAUGGAGUCUGCUGUUUGCUGCUCUGGGGAGACAAGAUGGAGUCUGCUGUUUGCUCCUCUGGGGAGAUAAGAUGGAGUCUGCUGUUUGCUCCUCUGGGGAGAUAAGAUGGAGUCUGCUGUUUGCUGCUCUGGGGAGACAAGAUGGAGUCUGCUGUUUGCUGCUCUGGGGAGACAAGAUGGAGUCUGCUGUUUGCUGCUCUGGGGAGACAAGAUGGAGUCUGCUGUUUGCUCCUCUGGGGAGGUAAGAUGGAGUCUGCUGUUUGCUGCUCUGGGGAGACAAGAUGGAGUCUGCUGUUUGCUGCUCUGGGGAGACAAGAUGGAGUCUGCUGUUUGCUGCUCUGGGGAGACGAGAUGGAGUCUGCUGUUUGCUCCUCUGGGGAGAUAAGAUGGAGUCUGCUGUUUGCUCCUCUGGAGAGACAAGAUGGAGUCUGCUGUUUGCUCCUCUGGGGAGGUAAGAUGGAGUCUGCUGUUUGCUCCUCUGGGGAGGUAAGAUGGAGUCUGCUGUUUGCUGCUCUGGGGAGACAAGAUGGAGUCUGCUGUUUGCUGCUCUGGGGAGACAAGAUGGAGUCUGCUGUUUGCUGCUCUGGGGAGACGAGAUGGAGUCUGCUGUUUGCUGCUCUGGGGAGAUAAGAUGGAGUCUACUGUUUGCUCCUCUGGAGAGAUAAGAUGGAGUCUGCUGUUUGCUGCUCUGGAGAGAUAAGAUGGAGUCUGCUGUUUGCUGCUCUGGGGAGACAAGAUGGAGUCUGCUGUUUGCUCCUCUGGGGAGACAAGAUGGAGUCUGCUGUUUGCUGCUCUGGGGAGACAAGAUGGAGUCUGCUGUUUGCUGCUCUGGAGAGAUAAGAUGGAGUCUGCUGUUUGCUGCUCUGGGGAGACAAGAUGGAGUCUGCUGUUUGCUCCUCUGGGGAGAUAAGAUAGAAUCAGCAGAGAGAGACAGCCGGCAGACAAUGGGCAGCUAGCCUAUGGUCAAAAGCUGCCUAUAGAUGGAUGCAUAGUUGUCUCAGGUCUGUCUCAGGUCUGUCUCAGGUCUGUCUCAGGUGUGUGUGUGGGUGUCAGGUGUGUGUGUAUUUCAGGUGUUUGUGUGUGUGUCAGGUGGUGUGUAUCAGGUGUGUGUAUCAGUGGUCUAACAGUGACAUUUUAAGUAAAGGCUAGCUAGAGCUAGUGGAAGGGUUUCUCUGUUUCUGUUCAGCUCCAUGGAGUGACCUUGAUGGGCUGUUUAUUCUGUAACAUUCUCCCAGUCUGGUAUUGACACGGGUCACAGCUUUCCUCCCUAACCCAGCCCUAUUCCAGCCCUUGCCAUAACCACACUGAACCAGAACCACACAAUACAACUGCAUGGUCUGAGGCUGGCUGGCAAGAGCUACAGCAACCACAGAGCCAAUAUGUGUUAUAUUGAAGGGGAUAGAGGUGGGGGGAGUGAGCGGUGAGGCCGGGUGUGUGGUUGGGAUUUGUGGGUAAAGAGAGGGCGGGUGGUCAGGGAGGGGAGAGUGGUUUUGGCUAUGGAAAAAUAGUAAGUCCCUAAACCUGUGCUUUGCAGGUCUCGGGUUUCUAGUUUCUCUGCACUCAUUAAUGGGUAUUUCUCUAUUUACCCCAACUGUGCUGUGGACACACACACACACACACACACACACACACACACACACACACACACACACACACCCAUAGAGUCCACAUUGGGGCUAAUUGCUGUGUGAGCGUGCUGGUCCGGCCCAGUCUGAGGGGGUGUACAGUAUGGCAUGAGUCACAAAUGGCACCCUAUUACCUACAUAGUGCACUACUUUUGACCUCAGCCUUAUGGGCAGUGGUCAAAAGUAGUGUACUAUAUAGGGAGCCAUUUGGGACGCAUUCAAUGUAUAGUGUAGUUGUGUAAUUCAGGGUGACGCCGCUGGGCCUGUAUAAAGCCCUAAUGGGAGCAGCGGCUGUCUAAUUUAAUAGGAAUAGCAGCUGGCUGAUUAGGGGUAUCGCGUCAGUGGGUCAGAGCACAUUUCUCUGUUCCUGGCCUGGGCAAGGGCUGUGUUGGCAGGCAUGGCUCAUUAUGGAAUGUGGACAGACAUGGAGACUGGUUGCCGUAGUAGCGGUUCUAUCCUGUUUUUUUCCAGGCAGUAAUUGAAUGUAGUGACUUGACUUCAGUCUUUGACUCUUCAAAAAACAACAUUUGAGGCAUUUAGCAGACUCCGUUAUCCAGAGCAACUUACAGGAGCAGUUAGGGUUGUGCCUUGCUCAAGGGCACAUCGACAUAUUUUUUUCAACUAGUCAGCUCAGGGAUUCAAACCAGCGACAUUUUGGUUACAGGCCCAACACUCUUAACCGCUAGGCUACCUGCCGCUCCAGCCUUGUUACUGUGUAGGCCUAAAGCCUGCUGUAUGGAAUGAGUUUGAGUUAUUCAUUUCUAAUCUGUUUUAUUGUAUGCAGGCUAUGUGUUUGAAUGCAUGUGGGUGUGAGUUGCGAUAGUCCCGUAGGUUCUAACUAGGUUCCCUGUGGGGGCUUUUCAUUUGCUCCAGAGUAGGAACAGGAACCUGUUGUGAGAAGCUGCUGGUGCGCUGGUUAUUAGUGUCCCCCAGGGGGAACCAUUUUUGAAUGAGGCUUAGAGGUCUGUGCACUCAGCCAUAACUCCCCCCUGAGAGCUGUAAUGUAUGCCUAGCGUUAGUUAACACACUUACACAGGACAGACAGUAGUGUUGAGCGAAAAUGAACCGAAAUCUUGUAUUUCUUUUUCGUUUUUUUAAACAACUAAUUGACUGACAGGUUCAGUUAUUUGAAUUCAAUUUCGUACAUUUUUUUCUGUGAGCUUCAUGCGCACAUUGUGCCAUUUUUAGUAGGGAGUUGUAGUUUCCAACAGGCCAAUAUUCUACAUAGUUUAGCGCCAAAAACGUGGUAAUUAACUACAAUGACCAUAAGCCACUUGUCCGUUCAGUGUGUUUCUUUAACGCCUGCUACAUUAGGUUAAUGAGGGGAAGACACUGAGAGAAGAGACAGAAGAAUGCGCGAUGGAGAGGGACAGAGAGCAGUUACUUCGCGAGGUAUCUCUACCUGAAAAUACAUGAUCUAAGUGAUUGAUCGUUGGUAUUCAGCAGUCAUAAAAGUAUGCCUUAUUUACUUUGAAGAACUACUAAAAUAGUGAUUUUGUCAGACAGCAUAAGCAGCAGCUCUAUAGAGAUGAGAUGACUUGGAAUUAAAUAAUAAAGUCAUCAAAUAAAACAAAUGUAAUAUACAGAACAAUUAAUAUUUUAUGAAAGUAAAGUAAUGUGAAUAAAUGAUGGUUGAUAAGUGAUAAGUAGUAAUGGGCAGACACUGCCAUCAUGGGACUUGUACUAAUAGUUUAAAUUGUUACAGCAUUCAACCCACAUAAUAUACAGUGCAUUUUAAUAAAAAAUCAAACGCGAAAUCACAUUAUUAUUUUUUGAUAACCAAACCGAAACCGAACCGACCUCAAAAAGCAAUAAUCGCUCAGCACUAACAGCCAGGGGACUAGUCAGGUCCAACACUAACCAGCAGGAUUAAAUGAUCUGCCCUUUGUUUGGGAGGAACUACUUUUUCCUUCUCUUGGUUUCCAUGACUUUGAGAGUGUAGCACAGGUUUAUUCCUCACUAGCCCUCCAUCAUCCAUCAUGAUUUCUCCUUAACGUUGACAGCUUUCACAUGGAGUCUGGUUCUUUGAUGCUGUUCACAGAUCUUUCCCUUGGUAAUUCAGCCAGUAUGUAUGAGGACCUCGUGUGUGUUAAGUGCCUUGUUCUGACUGUGAUUAAUACAGAAGAGUAGCCUAUCUGACCUGGGAGGGUACCCAUACCUGCUUCAACCCAACUUUAAUAAAAAGUGAAUAGGUGCUCAACUAAGGGACUUUAGGAAUCCAAAAUGUCAUCUUAUUCAUCUUCUGACUGUGUGAGCAUGUGUGCUGUAGUGUUUUUCGUAGGUAAUUCCACCAUGAUGAGGAGGACCGUAUGUACGAUGUCAUACAGAAUAUAUCGAACUGUGUGUGUGUUUGGUUGUAGCUUGCGAAGAAGAUCCGUGAGAAGUUUAACCGCUACCUGGAUGUGGUGAACAGGAACAAGCAGGUGGUGGAGGUGUCCUACACAGCCCACCUGACCUCUCCUCUGACCGCCAUCCAGGACUGCUGCACCAUCCCCCCCUCCAUGGUUGAGUGAGUAUUAACCCCUAAACACACCCCACAAACCCCUUACCCCCUUCCUGUGUUUAAAUGUGUUUUGAUCCUUUCUAGGAACACUUAUCUCCACAUGUGCAAAAUCUGCAAAUUAAAUUAUUUCCACAUGCAUGAGCAGCUGUAGUGGUGGUGGUGAGCUCCACUGGUCUGCUCUGCCCCCAUUUUAAUCUCCCAGACAGAUGUGGGGGAUUAUGGGUAAUGGAGUUGUUUGAAGGCCUAGCUGUGUGGUUAGUAGGCUCAGAGUGGGGUCAGGGAGGAACUUUCUCUGAAGUCCAUUCGCUUUCCACCAAUCUCCCGCUACAGCAGGAGCAAACACACCUCAAACGACAGAGAGAGAGAGAGUGGACAGAGCGCUGCUUUCAACCCUAAUCGCUACAGCACCAGCUGUCUACAUCCCUCACUGAGCACGGUUACAUGCACACAAUAAUACGAUUAUUAUGGAUAGUCUGAUUUAAUAUAAUAGUUUGUUUAAAACGUUUACAUGCUUUGCAAGAAGAACGAUUUCCCUUAUAAUCUUGUUUACAUGGACCCUUAUAAACUUGUUUACAUGGACACAUCUGAAAUCAGGCUACUUGAUGGCACUCUGAUAAAUGCAGAAAAUCUCCAAUCAAAAUAAACAUUCUACAACAGCGACCAUGUUAUUAUUGUUGAUUUGGAUGUGAAAACUACUUUUAAAAGGCAUACUUUGUUUUUCUGAACUCACUUCACUCGCGCAUAUAGAGGGAGGCUCGCGCUACCGGUGCUGACACAUGUGCAGAUCAAUACACUGCUGGAACUCUGAUUAAGGCGUUUACAUGUCCUAACAAAUCGAAAGAUUGCUCAGAAAACCAGGUAUUUUAAUCGGCGUAUGCUUACUUCGAUUUUGACCCUACGCCGAUUUAAGAUAAGCAGAGUAAGGUGUUUACAUGACCAUUUCCAUACUCGGCCUACUGCCAUAAUCAGUUUAAUAUCGAAUGAUCAGUGUGCAUGUAAACAUACUCCCUCUCUCUCUCCCUCUCUCUUCCUAUAUUUUUCUACUUCUCUCUCCCUCUAUCUCCAAGGCCUCUAUCGCUUUCUCUCUUCAUGCCUCUUCCUCUCUUUGUCUGUUUCUCCCUCCCUCUCUCUCAGACCUAAUGUAGUUUUGAUGGUGUAUGUUAUGACUAAUCUGGAGUUCCAGGGUCUCUGCUUCUCCCACAGUCAGCCUGGCUCCAGUCCAGGAUAAUACUGGGAGAAUUUCAUCAGAAUUUAGUCGGCCAUGCUUUUCUCUCACAUGCACACACUUUGUCAUUAUUCUGGAGUAGAGAAAGGGAGAGCUGGGGUGGAUAUACUGAAGGUUGUAUAAGAUGUUGGGAACGUGGCGAGGAGGGUUAAACAAAAUUCAGGCUCACUUCUGAGGGCUGCCUGUCAGUCUAAUAGCAGUGCAUCGCUCCCACAACUUCAAAGGAUCCCACUGGGGAAAAGCUGACAGCUCCUGCUUUGAGAAAGUUCAUUUAGGAGCGUGACCGUUUGGAGGAGUGUGGAAUAACUUUUUCUCUCCCCAGGGUCACACAGUCCCAGCCAGGAAAGUUAAAGAUCCAAACAUCUGAUCUGUGCCAGUGCAAUACCAUGGCAGGACUUCGAACGAGGCCCGUUCUCGGACUCUAACUCAGUGCUGUGCUGGAACCUCCAGAGAGGCUGGUGGCGAGCCCAUGCGUCCCCAGGUCAGGGUGUCUUUCAACGGGCUUUGAGUCAGCUGCUGCUGCCUGCUUCUGGGUCAGACGGCCGGUCAUAGCCGGGGGGUGUUAGGUGGUUAACAGGAUGUCCAGGGGUGAAAGUAGAUUUAAUUUCUUUCCGGUAUGGGACACCCAAGUGCGCACAUUGAUUUUUUUUUUUAUACUGCAAACAUUACAGGGUAGCCUACUCUGCUGACACCGACAAACAGAUCAGGGCAGACACAUACAAUAUGACGUCCAUCUAACCUGGAAGAGGAAGUUAUUGUCCAAAAACAAACAGAAGUGGCACUGACCCAAUGAUAAAGACAGUGAAUAUUUACAGUUACCGACUGAUUGUCAAACAGUCACUUAUCAAAGGCGCUCCUCUGGGCUACUCGCGCACUUUCAUCCACUCACAAAAUAAUGUCAGCAUCCAAACCCCAACAGUGCACCUGCAAUUUGAAAUUGAUGAAUCCACUGUUGUCCGCGCGCCUCGGUCUCGGCCACUCAUCUCCGCCUUGACAAAAUGUUGCCUAAGUGUUCUCCUCAAACCACAACACAAUUUGGAGCAUAUACCACCCGGUUUCCAGUCAUUUCAUUAAUUUUUCAUGCGGCUGACAUGCAUUAAUGUUAAAUAAUGGUGUAAUAGCCUAUAGUUGUUUGGGCAUGUUGUAUUAAUUAUGAUAGGCUUACGUUUUACCGGUACGGCGUACCCCCCCCCUAUUUAUUUUGCCGGGACGCCGUUCCAGACCGCCUUACUUUCACCCCUGCCCGUUUCACUCAGCCAUCUUGCGACCACGGUGGUGUCAGCUAGACCAGUGACCACAGGGCCACCACACAUACCACGCUGGAAUGCUUUCAUCAAUGUUUGGUCUGAUGGCCAGGUUCCAGGUCUAGUCAACAUAUCAAUGCCUGAAAAUAGCACAUGUUUCUGUUUUAGUGACUAAUCUUCAGGUAGAUGGGUACCAGCUAGAUCCGUUUCUUUUUAAAACGUAUUUUCAGUUGCAGAUGACGAUAUCAAUUGGCUGAUAAUUCAUCAUAAAGCCAUUCAUUUAGAUGUAGGAUGUGUGGCAUUGCAGACACUGCUCAUUUGCCCGCCUCCAGUGUAAGCUAGCAGAAUGUAGUAUAGGUAAGCUGCCAUAACUGUCACCUCUACGGCAGCUCUGCUCCCAGUGCCAGACAGAACACAUACACAGACAGACAGACAGACGGCUCUAGCUACAGUAUUAAAUUGAACAUAAUAUGUAUGUUUCUCUGUGACUACAUCUACCUCAGGAAGACAAAUGCCAGCCAGGCAGGCAGGUGGAGAUAAGAGAAGGUGUUUAGCUGGAUAGCUGUGUGUGUGUUUUAAAGAAUGACAGGGGUUUUAUACAGGGUUUUAUUGUUAUAACGGGUAUUCCAGGCUGUCAUUUACUAGAUGGAGGCUGGAGGAAAACCUGUAUUGUAUUCCACCCAAUCACUUCUGAUGUUUUUGUCUGGCUACAGUCUCCAGUGUGGUGGUAUAGUAGUGUUGCUCGGGGGAUAAUAUGAUAAGGACACACAGUGCAUUCGGAAAGUAUUCAGAACCCUUUACUUUUUCCACAUUUUGUUACAUUACAGCCUUAUUCUAAAAUGGAUUAAAUAAUUUUUCCCCCUCAGCAAUCUACACAAAAUACCCAAUAAUGACAAAGCAAAAACAGGUGUUUACAAUUUUUUCCCCAUUUAUAAAAUAAAAAAUACAUACCUUAUUUACAUAAGUAUUCAGACCCUUUGCUAUGAGACUCGAAAUUGAGCUCAGGUGCAUCCUGUUUCCAUUGAUCAUCCUUGAGAUGUUUCUACAACUUGAUUGGAGUCCACCUGUGGUAAAAUCAAUUGAUUGGACAUGAUUUGGAAUGCCACACACCUGUCACAAACCAUGAGGUUGAAGGAAUUGUCCGUAAAGCUCCAAGACAGGAUUGUGUUGAGGCACAGAUCUGGGAAGGGUACCAAAAAACUACUGCAGCAUUGAAGGUCCCCAAGAACACAGUGGCCUCCAUCAUACUUAAGUGGAAGAAGUUUGGAACCACCAAGACUCUUCCUAGAGCUGGCCGUCCGGCCAAACUGAGCAAUCGGGGGAGAAGGGCCUUGGUCAGGGAGUUGACCAAGAACAUGAUGGUCACUCUCACAGAGCUCCAGAGUUCUUCUGUGGAGAUGGGAGAACCUUCCAGAAGGACAACCAUCUCUGCAGCACUCCACCAAUCAGGCCUUUGUGGUAGAGUGGCUAGAUGGAAGCCACUCCUCAGUAAAUGGCACAUGACAGCCCUCUUGGAGUUUGCCAAAAGGCACCUAAAGGACUCUCAGACCAUGAGAAACAAGAUUUUCUGGUCUGAUGAAACCAAGAAAGCGUCACAUCUGAAGGAAACCUGGCACAAUCCCUACGGUGAAGCAUGGUGGUGGCAGCAUCAUGCUGUGGGGAUGUUUUUCAGCGGCAGGGACUGGGAGACUAGUCAGGAUCGAAGGAAAGAUGAAUGGAGCAAAGUACAGAGAGAUCCUUGAUAAAAACCUGCUCCAGAGCGCUCAGGACCUCAGACUGGGGUGAAGGUUCACCUUCCAACAGGACAACAACCCUAAGCACACAGCCAAGACAACGCAUGAGUGGCUUCGGGACAAUUCUCUGAAUGUCCUUGAGUGGCCCAGCCACAGCCUGGACUUGAACCCGAUCUAACAUCUCUGGAGAGACCUGAAAAUAGCUGUGCAGUGACCUGACAAAGCUUGAGAGGAUCUGCAGAGAAGAAUGGGAGAAACUCCCCAAAUACAGGUGUGCCAAGCUUGUAGCGUAAUACCCAAGAAGACUCAAGGCUGUAAUCGCUGCUGAAGGUGCUUCAACAAAGUACUGAGUAAAGGGUCUGAAUACUUAUGUAAAUGUUAUAUUUCCGUUUGUAAAUUUUUUAAACAUUUGCAAACAUUUCUAAAAACCUGUUUUUGCUUUGUCAUUAUGGGGUAUUGUGUGUAGAUUGAUGAGGAAAAAUAACUAUUUAAUCUAUUUUAGAAUAAGGCAGUAACGUAACAAAACGUGGAAGAAGUCAAGGGGUCUGAAUACAUUCCGAAUACACUGUACUACUGUGUAUUGUUAUGACAUAGGGAACGGGAUAGGGAAUGGCUGCAAAAAGGGUACACAUUCAAUUUUUGAAAUUAAUUUGUAUUUGUUUACUUUCCCACUGGUGACUGUUGAGCCCCUCUCCUCCGGCUGUGGUGUGUGUUGAUGCUGGACUGGUCUCCAUGAGAGACAGCCGGAACUGGGUUCUGGUCUGAGCUGGGAUCAGCUGUUUUUUUCCGUUUGCUCAGUGAGUGAGCUAAAGAAGCCUCUGUUUGAUCAUGAGGUAGAGCUAGAGAGGGAUGGAUGAGAGGAGAGAAGGAGAGAGGGAUGAGGAAAGAGAGGGGCUUAACUGACCUAAAAGGCUUGAAAAUGGGCUGAUGGUAGCUCUCUCUUUCUUGCCCUCUCGCUUUCUCACUCUGUCUCUUUCUCUCUCUCAGUCACGCCACAUGCUUCUGUCCAUAUCAGGAGAUCUCAGGAGGCCUUUUCCAUAAGCUAGCUAAAGCUUCAAGUAAUGGAAGAGCAGUAUGUGGUUCUGGUAUAAGGAAAUGCUCCCUCUUAAAGCAGCUUCAGAGGUUGGUUCAUAUAUAUUGAUUUAUUUUCUACCCCUUUUAAUACCUGGGAUGUUUUUCAAGACCCUCAUUUACAUGCUGGAAGGUUUUUCUCUCUCUUUCUACUCUCUUUCUCUCUCUCCCCCCCCCCCCUCUCUCUCUCCUCUCCCCUUUCCAUCUCUCUCUCUCCUUCUCUCAUUCUUUCUCUCUCCUCCAUUUCUCUCCCUCGCUCCUGCACCACCCUCAUUCUCCUAGUUUUUGAUGUCGAAUUCAAAGCGCUUGCAAAUGUAAUUUUUAUCUGGAACAUUCUCUUAGCCCCCACAUGUAAAGUGUGUUGGAGGGGAAUAAUAAUGUCUGUAGCCUGAUGGGAAUUAAAUGUCUGAAGUUCAAAGCAGCUGGUACAUCAGAGCAGCUGUCAAUCAAACACACUCUCUCAAGCUCCGGAUGGGGGGGGGUGAUAGAGACGAUGACAGAAGUUUGUGUGUGUGUGAGCGAGCGAGCGCGACAGGGAAUAACCGGUUACUUGUGGUUUGUUGUGUUGGGUAUGUGAGCCAGCAGGGGGGAGGGGGUUUAUUGGAGGUGGAGCUGAGGGGGGAGUGUUGGAUCAAAGCGACCUGGCCAUGGUGCAGCGUGGAGCAGCCUGCUCCCCUGAGAUGCCCCCCUCCUCUCCUCUCCCCAUCCCUCUAUCAGCUCUUCAUUAGAGUAGCUGAGGCAGCCUGAAAACAAUGCUGGGAUGGAUAAGAAUACCUGCUAUGACAGCAUGGAGUGACCAGGGGGCUGCCAACCCUGUGUGAUAGGGAAUCUACUGGGCUUAUGGCUUUCUUUCUUUGUUUGUUUCUAUCUUUCUAUCUUUCUUUCUAUCUUUCUUUCUAUCUUUCUUUCUAUCUUUCUUUCUAUCUUUCUUUCUAUCUAUCUUUCUUUCUAUCUUUCUAUCUUUCUUUCUUUCUUUCUUUCUUUCUUUCUAUCUUUCUAUCUUUCUUUCUUUCUUUCUUUCUUUCUUUCUUUCUAUCUUUCUAUCUUUCUUUCUUUCUUUCUUUCUAUCUUUCUUUCUAUCUUUCUUUCUAUCUAUCUUUCUUUCUAUCUUUCUAUCUUUCUUUCUUUCUUUCUUUCUUUCUUUCUAUGGUUGAUAAGUGAAAUAUACGUCCAAUUAGUUCUGUUGUAAACAUGUUGUCUUUAUCCUUAUUCAGGUUUGAUGGUAACUUCAACACCAACGUGUCCAAGACCAUCUGUUGUGACAGGCUGUCCCCCACGGUCAACAGUCGAGCCUUCAACCCUGGACGGGACCUCAACUCAGGUGGGUCACCUUCUACCAGUCCUUACCCCUACCAUCCCUUACCCCUACCAGCCCUUACCCCCUCACUACCCCCUUAACCCUACCACACCUUACUCCUCUCACUAACCCCUUACCCCUACCACCCAUUAUGGCAACCCAUAUUUCUAAGAAAUUAAUAUUCCUCACCAUAUGGUUAAAUCUUAAAAGGAACAAGUAUUUGAACCCAGAUGGAAAUAACAAACUGUGCCUGUUCCACGCGUUAUUAGACCACUUUGUAUUCUGUUUUCUCUACUACUCUCUCUCCCUUCCUUUUUCCUACUCUCUCUCUUUUUCUCUUUGAUUCAAGAAUAGUGCUUUUUUUCUUUGCUGAAAAUUCUGAGAUCAAAUGAAGUAUUUUGGUCCGCUUCUCCAUUCAGGAACUGGAUCUUUUUCUCAUUCUACAUUAGGAGGCUUUGUCGGGCUUUGCCAUAUGCCCCUUCUGCACUGCUGUUAGCCAAUCAGAUAGGCUGUCACCUAAUCAUAAUCAGACGUGAUGACGUCAUACAUUUAACCUCUGCAUCAGAACACUCCCAGUCAAAGUCCAGACAAUCAACAAUGAACACUAUAAAUGCUGUCUAAUGAUCCGUUUAUUAGUUAUCAUGGCAGAAUAUCGCUAACCCGUGCGCUGACUGUACUGAAGCAGCUGCAGUAUUAGCCCAACAUUUUCCACUCCUAAUCACACUCUUGCUAAUGGUCAUUUUAAUCGCGAUGUGGAAAUGCUGGCAAAGUCAACCGCUCUCUCACACACACUACCCCUCCUCUGUAAGGUCUGUAGAAACCCCACAGCUUGUUCCCCUACCGCUGACUCUUCGUCUCUCACACCCUCUCCGGCCAAAUUCCAGGCCGCUCCGCCUCCGAGCAGAUUAGGGCGAUUCAUCUUCAUCUCAGAGCUUAUUUUUCCAAAGCCAGUCAUCAGGAGUUCAUGUUACCACCGAGCCUCCAUUCCUCAGCCUGUCUUGACCUCCAGCCUCUGCUAGCAUUCAUCGACCCCAUUUGUCUUGACCCAGUCUAAACAACCAAAGAGAGAGAAGGAAUAGGCAGAUUAUCCAGAGGAGGAGAGAGGGAGAAAUGACUGGGGGAGCAAGAGAAGUGAGUGAAGAAACAAAGUUUGAUCUGUCCUUUCCUUCUGGUUCUUGUUUUCCUCAUCUCAUUCCUAUUAUCUUCUCCCUCCUCCUGUUUUCUGUCCUUCUUUCCCUGUACUUUUUUUGCGCUCUUUAUUUUUGCUUUAAUAAAAAUAGCAUUUAGCAGAUGCUUUUAUCCAAAGAGACUUACAGUCAUGCGUGCAUACAUUUUAUGUAUGGGUGUCCCCGGGAUUCGAACCCACAAUCUUGUCAUUGCAAACACCGUGCUCUACCAUCUGAGCCAGACAAGACCACUCUACUGUCUCUUGUCAGUCAUUGACUCAAAGUCAUUCCUCUUUCCACUUUCUCCUCUGACACAACAGCUGUUUUCUCAAUCUGUAUUAGUUUCCACAGUACUCCAGCCACUGGUUUGAUGUGAGUGUAGUUAGUUUUCCAAUCCCUGCCCAGUGGACACAUGAACCCUUCUGCACAUAGCCAAAGUGUUACUGAGCUGGGAAUGGAGGGGGGUGAUUGAGUAGUGAGUAUGGAUGGAGGGGGUUAGGGUUAAGGCAUCAGUGUGCUUCAGUUCGGCUGGCGCCUAAUGAGUGUGCUCGCAUACUCCCUUGCUUGAAAAAUGAGAAAAAAGUGGCAAUAGUACUGAUUUCCCAUUUUGAGAAGCCGUAGCCAGUGUACACUUCCUGAAAAUAGACAGAAUUAAUCUAAGAUGACUCAAGAAAUCUGUCAUUAAUUUAGACGUUUUUGCAGAGGAGAUCUUAGUCGCACGAUUUUACAUCUUAACUAAGAUGUUUGGUGCAGUAUUUCUCAAUGAAAACAUGUGCAUGAAAAUGAGUCGUCUCUCGUUGAAUGACAACAAAGACUUUACUGAAGAAUCCUUACUGUUGACCAAUCACCGACGAAGGGGUGUAAACUUCGGCUACCUACUUGUACCCCCUGUAUAUAGCAGCAGUAAAGUAAAAAUAACAGUAGUGAGGCUAUAUACAGGGGGUACCGGUACAGAGUCAAUGUGAAAUAACAGUAGUGAGGCUAUAUACAGGGGGUACCGGUACAGAGUCAAUGUGAAAUAACAGUAGUGAGGCUAUAUACAGGGGGUACCGGUACAGGGUCAAUGUGAAAUAACAGUAGUGAGGCUAUAUACAGGGGGUACCGGUACAGGGUCAAUGUGCGGGGGCACCGGCUAGUCGAGGUAAUUGAGGUAAUAUGUACAUGUGGGUAGAGUUAAAGUGACUAUGCAUAAAUAAUAAACAGAGUAGCAGCAGCGUAAAGAGGGGGUUGGGGUGGGGUGUCCAAUUUGUAAGUCGCUCUGGAUAAGAGCGUCUGCUAAAUGAUUUAAAUGUAAAUGUGGGCGUGCAAUGCAAAUAGUCCAGGUAUCCAUAAGUAAAAAUGUAUGCACACAUGACUGUAAGUCGCUUUGGAUAAAAGCGUCUGCUAAAUGGCAUAUUAAUCCAUGAUUAGCUGUUCAGGAGUCUUAUGGCUUGGGGGUAGAAGCUGUUAAGAAGCCUUUUGGACAUAGACUUGGCGCUCCGGUACCGCUGGUUGUUGUAGUGUUGGUCUAUAUAAGGUACUGUGUUCAUGUUGUCGUGGGCUGCUAGUUUGUAGUUUUAUGUUGGGUAGUGUGUUUGGAAAUACUGAGGAAAUUGGAUUAGCAUGUGUGCAGUGGGGCAAUGAACUUUAGUGUGUCGCUAGCUACGACAUGCCUCUCUUUUAUAAGGUAGCUAGGCUAAAUACGUCUUCCAGCAACUUUUGAACUGUUACUGUUGAGAAGAGAUAUCCUAAGUAUAAAUACAGUGGAGUACACCCACUAAAGGGUAAACAAAUACAUUUUGAGCAAAAUAGUGUUUUUUUUUUACUAAACUGCAAACUUCAAGGAGUAGGGCAUUCAAGGAGUUGGUCUGAUUGGAAUGUGUGAUGUAAUCGGCCUCCCCCCCCUUGCUUGAGGAACAAUAGAGGAGCAAUGGAGAACAAAAGAGGAAAGCCCCCCCCCUUGUGCUAUGUCAUGACCUACCUGGACCACCUAUUGAGAUGGGCCUUUUUGUUAAGUAAAUCACGUCUUAAAUGAGGUGAAAAGGAGACUGGAGUGGCACUUUAAACGCUGUCUUCAUGUUUGCUGUUAUCUAUCUUCAGGGCCCUACUUUGUUAGAGAGGAGCAAAACACACACAAACCAAGACGGUGAACACUUUUUGGCACGGGUUGAGGAAUCUGGCUCUAUUUGUGUGUCCCACCCCCUCUCUUCUGUCUCUUUCAUGUGAAUGGCUGUUUUGUGUUCCUCUGUUGCUGUGCUCCGCCAGACAGGAAGCUGCAGAGUUUGUGAUCUGAUCUCUCUGAAGAUUCUCUUGACUUCUCUGACCCAAUAAAACGAUUUGUUUAGGCAGCUAAUUUGACCCUGUUCCCUGGCAGAUGCUGCAGCUAGAUCAGCCUGCAGUGCAGUAAUAUAACCAACCAGUAAACAAGAAACAUUCCUUAAUAUGUCAGUCUUUAUCUCUUGAAAGUCACAUUUUGUUAAUAGAGAAAGUUUGGUUUAAGUUGAGACGCUACAGCAUACAAUGACAUUCUAGAUGAUUCUGUGCUUCUAACUUUGUGGCAACUGUUUGGGGAAGGCCCUUUCUUGUUUCAGCAUGACAAUGCCCCCAUGCACAAAGCGAGGUGCAUAGAGAAAUUGAUUGUCGAGAUCGGUGUGGAAGAACUUGACUGGCCUGCACAGAGCCCUGACCUCAACCCCAACUAACACCUUUGGGAUGAAUUGGAACGCCGACUGCGAGCCAGGCCUAAUCGCCCAACAUCAGUGCCCGACCUCACUAAUGCUCUUACAUUUUACAUUUUAGUCAUUUAACAGACGCUCUUAUCCGGAGCGACUUACAGUUAGUGAGUGCAUACAUUUUCAUACUGGCCCCCCGUGGGAAACGAACCCACAACCCUGGCGUUGCAAGCGCCAUGCUCUACCAACUGAGCUACAGGGGACUCUUGUGGCUGAAUGGAAGCAGGUCCCCUUAGGAAUGUUCCAACAUCUAGUGGAAAGCCUUCCCAGAAGAGUGGAGGCUGUUAUAGCAGCGAAGCGGGGACCAACUCCAUAUUAAUGGCCAUGAUAUUGGAAUGGGAUGUUCGACGAGCAGGUGUCCACAUACUUUUGGUCAUGUAGUGUACAUAGGCCUAAUGUUGUCAGCGGCACAUUGUGUAACUACUAAGACCACACAGUUGCACUUAAGUGAAACGAUUAUAACCAUGUCAGUAAUACAGCAGAAUGAACAGUUUAAUCUGAUAUCCAGUCUGACGCAUGCACACAGGGAAUUUGAUUUUAUGCCUUACAUUAUUGUUUUUAUUAUUAGUAUUCUCAUGUGUGCUCACUUACUUUUCACACACAGACUAGAGGAGACUAGGUUAACCCUUUAAAGUCUACAUCUAUCAGUGGGCUUUGACAGGUGUCUGGGAGCCCAGAAUGAGUCCCCCUAGUUGGUUAAGUCUCUGUCUCGCGCUCUGUCUCUCUCUCUCGCGCCAUCUCUCUCGCACACUCAGUCUCGCACGCUCAGUCUCUCUCGCUCCCUCUCUCUCUCUCUCUCUCGUAUUAUUCCUACCUACUGUUUGUAAUACUGACAUCUCUCUCCUCUGUAGUGUUGGCAGAUAACCUGAAGUCCAACCCUGGCAUCAAGUGGCAAUACUUCAGCUCAGAGGAGGGCAUCUUCACUGUGUUCCCCGCCCACAAGUUCCACUGCAAGGGCAACUACGAGCACCGCAGCAGGUACAGUACAGCUAAAUGACUAAAAUGUUACACUUCCAGAUCAGCUUCACCUAGAUAAACAGUGCAAUCAACUAGCCCUAAACGCAUCUGCAAGAAUGGAGCAAUUAUUGUUACAUAAAUCAUCACUGACUGCCCAUUCCUCAAACAUUACGCUUUGUGUAGCCACAUCAAGGAUAAUGUUGUUGAAUAUCCAAGAUGGUCACCUCCUACUAAGCAAAGAGAAAACAGAAAGCCACUUCUUCUAUUCCACCUCCUCCCUCUCCGUUGUUUCUGUGUGGCAGUCAGAGAGCAUGUAAACAGUAUUCCUACUCUCCUCCGGUGUCGUUGGGUUUUCCUCUCCUCUCUGAGACAGACAGACACCCUGACCACGCAUGCCCCUGUCAGGAAUGUGUUCUGGGACCAGUAAAGACCACUGGAAUCUCUCACCCACUGCUGUGGUUUCUGUGGCCUAGCCUGGUGAAAGAUAUCUCUAUCUCUCGCUCUCUGUCUCUCUCGUUUGUCUCUCUGUCUUUCUUUCUUUCUUUCUCCCCCCCCCCCCCCCCCCCCAAAUACUCAAAGGCCUGUUUCUCUCAACCAGCCAGCUGGCAUUCAGAUAUGAGAAAGAUUGUCCCCCUGGCUCGCUGUGUGGACUUAACGAACACAAACACCCCCUUUCCCUGUCUGUGUUUCCUAGUGGCAUGUUACCCACAGACACCAACCUGGAAUAGGAACCCAUGUUCUCCAGAUGCUUUUGGUCACUUCGCACAGAUAGCAGUAGUAGACUCAUUUAGUAGUAGACACUAGAGGGGUUUGGGAAUAGGAGCUUGACAAAGGGAAUGGUGGUGACGGUUGGAAAAGCGGUUGUGGUGGUGCCUCCCAAAAGCAACAGUAUUCCUGGGAAGGGGAUCUUGUGAAAACCGUGUGUGGAGGUCUCAGGGCAGCCAGAGGUAGAGUGGACAGCCCUGGGAACUCACGCCACCAUGAAGCAGGGGAGAUAUAGGAAAGGGAUGGGAUUACCAGCCUGGAGCAGAGUCUGUCUGGUGUCAAUAAAACACCAUUCUAGUUUAUGUAUGUUAUUGAUUGGGAAUGUAUUGUUGAGACUGUGAGUGUAUGUUAGAUGUGUGUAUAUGUGUGCUUUGUGUGUAAAAGGGCUGACCCCAUUUAGUCGACUGGUCGAUAGGCUAUUGGUCGACCGAGAUUUCUUUAGUCAAGCAGUAGUGAAAAAAAACGUCAAAUAUCAUAGUGUACAAGACACCUGUGUGAUUCGCGCCUGUCUCAGUGGACUGAUCCAUUGUGGAGGCCGUGGGGAUGGCACAGUCCAUCAGUCUAAGACAUGCUACUGAAAUUAUAUGUGGUUAUAUUACAUAAGAACAAUGGUGCAACACUAAUAAAAAUAAUAUUUUAUAACAAAUGCGCUUUCUCCCGCGUUGGAAAGGGGUCGCUGACCGCGGUUCAGAAACACAUUAGUGUGCUGUUGAAUUGGCGACUUUUCCUAGACCAUGUUGCUAUGUGCAUAAUAACAAAGUUAACCAGCAUAUUGAUGUUGAGAACAAUGUGGCGGAGGCAGCAGCAGAAUGAGGAGAUGAGAAAACAGCCCUCGCCUUAUUGUCUGAGAAAAGUGAGGAGAGAGGAAACCCAAACUUAAUUAGGUCUAUAAUCAAUAGCCUAUAUGUUAAAUGUGCUUGGCUUUAUAAAUCAAUAUAUCUACAGAAAUAAGACAGAUCGUGCUUCUGUUGCCUGUUUGAGUGUUUGUUUAAUAGCCUACUGAUUCCGUGAGCACCAAGCCUCACACCACGACAUGUCAAGUAAACAAUUUCACAAAUUCUGAUGUUUUUAAUCUUAGCUUUGCUGUAAUAAAGGCUUUUUUCCGUUAGAACAGCCCCUCUGGUAUUAUUUUUAAUUGAUUUAGUGUUUACACUGUUCCAAAUUGUCCGAAAAAUAUAUAAUAAUAAUUAGUAAUAAUAAUAAUAUAUAUAAUAUAAUAAUAAUAUAUAAUAAUAAAAAUAAUAAUGCUCAAUUUUCUUGAUCUCCUUAUUGUUAUUAUUAUUACUAUUAUUAUUAUGAUCAUAACUAAUGUCAUUAUCAUUAGAGGCUUAGUAUAGCAGCCGUGUAUAACCACCAUUAUAAACUGGGUGGUUUGAGCCCUGAAUUCUGAUUGGCUGAAAGCCAUUGGUAUAUCAGACCGUAUACCACGGGUAUGACAAAACAUUUAGUUUUACUGUUCCAUUACGUUGGUAACCAGUUUAUAAUAGCAAAAAAUAUUGAGCCAAUUUAAUGCAACCCUUGCUGUUAAUAGAUCGCAAAGCAGCAUACAACUGACCUAAACGUUUGGAAAUAAUAAGUACAUUUUCUCAUCCAUAGCCUUAAAAUGCUCACAUCUGAAGGCUGAGGGCAUUUAGGACGUACUGCGGAUCGCUAAAAUAUCCUAAUGAUUACACACUUCCUCAAUUCAAAUAUUAUGGCGACACUAUACCAAAGAUGUUGAAAUACUGUAUCUUCACGCCUAGAAUAAAAACCUCCAGGCUUCCGUCAUAACUGCCAAUUAUAUAUAUUUUUUAAAGAAUUACAGGGGGAAGUUUGGAAAAAACGAAUCCCAUCCGAAUCGUCCUCUGGAAUAACAGACAUUCUGGAGUAAUAAUUACAAUGUUCUCUAGUAAUAAGUAGAAUAAGUAUUUGGUCACGUACAUGCGAUGUCAAGUAAAGAGAGCAAGGGUUGAGGGAAUAGGGAAUGUUUUUCCUAAACAAAUGAGAGAUUUCGGUAACAGAACUUUUCAGUCAGAAAUGGCUGUAAUUAUGUUGCAGCUUCAGCAACAGGGACAGCACGAUAAACAUGUUGAUGUUCUGUGGUGGUCGCUGCAGCAGGGAGGAGAGAGAGAACCGGUGCUAGUCACACAGACACACGCUGUCUUUUUGACUUCUUGUUUUCGCAGCGCAGGAAGUCUGAGCCCGGCCCGGCACAAUCAAAUCAAUUGCUGGUCGGACUCCCUCUAAUCAUUUGUGUGUCUUAAUUAUUUAAUCAAACUGUGUGCUUAAAGCAUCAGUCCAGCUCAGUGAAUAUAGUUGAUUUGAUUAAAACACAUAGGAUGUGUCAAUAUAUGGAAAAAUACAAGUUUAUACAUUUGGUCGAAAGAAUAGAAGACUCUUGGUCGACGAUUAUCUUUUUUAGUCGGGGACAGCCCUAGUGUACUCAUCACGUGUGUGUGUGUCCUCGCAGGCCAGUAUAUGUGGCGGCGGUGCGGCCCCAGUCUAAACACAUUGUGGUGGUCAUCGACCAUGGAGUUACCAUUACAGAAACACAGCUCCAGAUCGCCAGAGAUGCUGCCCUCGUCGUCCUCAACUCCAUAGACGAACAUGACAAGGUGAGGAGCUCUGCUCUGCUCUGAUAACCCAUCCCUAACUCCCCUCUUUAUAGCCUAAUUUCCCAAGCCCCCUCUGAUACCCUAUGACCCCCGACACACUAUCAACGUUCUAGAUACAACCACCCUUUCACUCCCUCUGAAGCUAAAGCAGACUGUGCAUAUGCCCCGUGAUUACAAUCCCAAAAGUAGUUGUUUAUGUUGUGUUUGUAUGUAGUGCUAACCUGUGUCUGUGCAUGUCCUCUUCCCCAGAUCUCGAUCCUGUCCUCAGCGGAGGCUGUGCGGUCCUGUUCUCUGGACCAGUGCUAUAAGAACUAUCUGUCUCCUGCCACCAGCGAGACCAAGAGGAAGAUGAGCGCCUUCAUCAGCAACCUCAAGGCCUCCGACAGCCCUACCCAGCAUGCACUGGGCUUCCAGAAGGCCUUCCAGCUCCUCAGGAACACCAGCAACAUCACCCGGAAACUCACCAGUAAGAACAGGGCCCCAUGGGAAAUGCAGUCUUUACAGGCCACUGAUGCUACAGGCUUGUUCAAUCUAUAGGGAAUGCUAAUCUGUCAUUUUUCAACGGAUAUGUGACAAUGAAUGUAUUUGGAGAAAAACAUUUCACACAUAAAUCUACUUGUAAAUCAAUGCAGUUAAUUUGGUUGAAAUGGCUCAAUGAAUGUGAAUCAAGAGAUGGAGGAUUUGUGAGAUGGAGGAUUUAUGACCAAGGAUUUGUUUCUGAUCUCUCUCUGUGCUUGUAUGUUCCUGUCAGACACAGACAUGGUGAUCAUCUACCUGUCGUCUGGCAUCACGUCUCGAGACGCGUCGGAGCAUGAGAAGAGAGACACCCUCCGUGUGGUCAGAGAGGAGAACCGCCACCUCAACAACUCAGUCAUGAUCCUCACCUACGCCCUCAUGAAUGGUAGGAACCCUCCACCACACACAGUUUGUCUAUGAUUGUAAUCACUCUCCACCACACACAGUUUGUCUAUGAUUGUAAUCACUCUCCACCACACACAGUUUGUCUAUGAUUGUAAUCACUCUCCACCACACACAGUUUGUCUAUGAUUGUAAUCACUCUCCACCACACACAGUUUGUCUAUGAUUGUAAUCACCCUCCACCACACACAGUUUGUCUAUGAUUGUAAUCACUCUCCACCACACACAGUUUGUCUAUGAUUGUAAUCACCCUCCACCACACACAGUUUGUCUAUGAUUGUAAUCACCCUCCACCACACACAGUUUGUCUAUGAUUGUAAUCACCCUCCACCACACACAGUUUGUCUAUGAUUGUAAUCACCCUCCACCACACACAGUUUGUCUAUGAUUGUAAUCACCCUCCACCACACACAGUUUGUCUAUGAUUGUAAUCACUCUCCACCACACACAGUUUGUCUAUGAUUGUAAUCACCCUCCACCACACACAGUUUUUCUAUGAUUGUAAUCACCCUCCACCACACACAGUUUGUCUAUGAUUGUAAUCACCCUCCACCACACACAGUUUGUCUAUGAUUGUAAUCACCCUCCACCACACACAGUUUGUCUAUGAUUGUAAUCACCCUCCACCACACACAGUUUGUCUAUGAUUGUAAUCACCCUCCACCACACACAGUUUGUCUAUGAUUGUAAUCACCCUCCACCACACACAGUUUGUCUAUGAUUGUAAUCACCCUCCACCACACACAGUUUGUCUAUGAUUGUAAUCACCCUCCACCACACACAGUUUGUCUAUGAUUGUAAUCACUCUCCACCACACACAGUUUGUCUAUGAUUGUAAUCACUCUCCACCACACACAGUUUGUCUAUGAUUGUAAUCACCCUCCACCACACACAGUUUGUCUAUGAUUGUAAUCACCCUCCACCACACACAGUUUGUCUAUGAUUGUAAUCACUCUCCACCACACACAGUUUGUCUAUGAUUGUAAUCACCCUCCACCACACACAGUUUGUCUAUGAUUGUAAUCACUCUCCACCACACACAGUUUGUCUAUGAUUGUAAUCACUCUCCACCACACACAGUUUGUCUAUGAUUGUAAUCACCCUCCACCACACACAGUUUGUCUAUGAUUGUAAUCACCCUCCACCACACACAGUUUGUCUAUGAUUGUAAUCACCCUCCAGGAAGGGGGUGGGUGAAUGGGGGUGGUGCAGACUGGAGAGGUGCUCAGAAACCUCAAAGGCUUUUUGUUUUUUCCUGUGUGUCUGUGAUGCAUCCACCUCCCCCUCUCAAUUGGCCCUCUCUUCACCUGUCUCCCCUCCCUCCUCCCCUUCUCCUUAUCCUUCACUCCAUGUCCUACACAGAGACCCCUUCACAGUGCAUGCAUUAGCCUGGUAUUGGCAUAGAUCAUGUUCAUUAGGAAAUUAAAAUGAGGGACCACUGAGAGCGCCUGAGUCUAAAGACUUCAAAGUGGGGGUGGGGGUGGGAUUGGGGGGUGUGAUGGAGACAGCCGGGGGCCGCUUGUUUAAAAGAGUCCAUGUUGAAAAGGAUUCAGAAAUAUAUGAUCAUUUUGAGUUGAUUAGCAUGACACCCAGAAAGCUUUUGUUGUGUAGCACAUUGUGAGCAUUUCAUAGAGCUCUGUGUGUGUGCCAGAUGUAAGCUGAUGAUUGUUAAAGGUGAUCAAUGGUAUUUUCUCCCACAUCAACUCUGUUGGUUGAACUAAGCAUGUUUGUGUGUCUGUGUCUGUUUUGUGAUGAGAUACUACAACUAGAAGGAUCAAAUGGUUAGGAAGUGAAAUCUUCAAGUAUGGGCUGUACUGCCAAAUCCUUCUAGACUUUCCCCUGGUCUGUGGCUGUCUAAUACUACCCAGUCCCUUCUGCCUGAUUGUGAACCACAGACCAACUCAAUCCAUCUAAAAUGCUCUUCUCAGACAUGAAAAACAGGAGAACGAGUUGAAGAUAUGCUUUAACUGUAACCAGUAAAUCACCCACAGAAUCUUUAAUGGAUUUUACAGAGAAUAUCAUCGGCCAAACGUUCAUCUACGGCCAUUCCAACUAUUACCUCUGAUGUCCAGUUUGAAUCAUCCACAGAAUCUUUCGUGGAUUUUACAGAGAAUAUCAUCGGCCAAACGUUCAUCUACGGCCAUUCCAACUAUGACCUCUGAUGUCCAGUUUGACCCUGCAGUCCACACAUACCAGGCUGUAUUGACAUGGCUGCUUUCAUCUCCUGUUGACUCACUACUGUCAAUAGUGCAUCAUUCCCAUGUAUGCAGCAUCCUAUUAUUAUCAUCAGACAAGGCCCAAAGCAUUAAGGCUUGAUCCCUCUUUAAUCCAAUCAGUGAUAUGACUGCCAUGCAUUCCAUAUUAAACCCUGUCGUAAUGCCAAAUGUGCCCAGUGACAGCUGUCUGGGCAGCCAUGUUGGAGAGGUCAUUCUAGGGUGUCCUCUGUUAAAAAGUCAAUGAAUAUUGUAGAGGAAGUUUUCUUACAUUGAUAUCAAUACAUUGAAGGACCUCCUAUCUUUGUGGCUGCUCUACUCUAUGCUGCUCUACGCUGCUUUAUGCUGCUCUGCUCUAUGCUGCUCUAUGCUGCUUUAUGCUGCUCUGCUCUAUGCUGCUCUAUGCUGCUCUGCUCUAUGCUGCUCUAUGCUGCUCUGCUCUAUGCUGCUCUGCGCUGCUCUAUGCUGCUCUAUGCUGCUCUGCUCUAUGCUGCUCUGCUCUAUGCUGCUCUGCUCUAUGCUGCUCUGCGCUGCUCUGUGCUGCUCUAUGCUGCUCUAUGCUGCUCUAUGCUGCUCUGCUCUAUGCUGCUCUAUGCUGCUCUGCUCUAUGCUGCUCUGCGCUGCUCUGCUCUAUGCAGCUCUGCGUUGCUCUAUGCUGCUCUAUGCUGCUCUGCGGUGCUUGACGCUGCUCUAUGCUGCUCUACGUGUCAUUACCUAAAUUGUCUUGUGUCAUGUCAAUAAACAUCAAACAUAGAGAUGCGGUCAAAUAUAUUAGCACUCUGCACUUUUCAAUGGAGCAGAAUGUUCUGGUUUCUCUUUUAGGCACCUGCAACUUACCACAGGUGGGAUAAAUUACACUUGCUGAGAAUCACUUGCUUCCAACCAAAUUAAUUACAAUUUAGAUUAAUUUAACCAGGCCCUUUUUCUACUUUGAAGUGAAAAAUCUCAAUGUGUACAUUUUUAUUUUGUAUUUUUGGGGGUCUUCUGCAGUUGUAAAUCAAACAAAUACGUGUGAACACAAAGUUUUUUAAAUUUUCUACUUAUUUUAGAAGAAAUAGUGAAUCAUUCAAUGGUGGCAAUAUAUUUGAACGCAUCUGUAAAACAUCUGUCUUGCCCUCUUCUUCCUCAACAGAGGGUGUGACGGGUCUGAAGGAGCUAGCGUUCCUGCGUGACCUAGCGGAGCAGAACUCGUUGAAGUACGGCGUCCCGGACCGCUCGGCGCUGCCCGUGGUGAAAGGGAGCAUGAUGGUCCUGAACCAGCUCAGUAACCUGGAGACCACCGUGGGACGCUUCUACAUCAACCUGCCCAACCGCAUGAUAGACCAGUCCUGCUUCAGCCUGCCCUACCAGGACCCCAUAGGAGACGGUGGGUUUAGACACUGAUCUAGGACCAGUUGUUCUGUUCUAGUCAUUAUGGUAAAGGUUAGAGCUGAGGUACAGUGAUCUGAUCCUAAAUCAGUGAGAACGAAUAGAUGAUAGACCUGUCCUGCUUCAGCCUGCCCUACCAGGACCCCAUAGGAGACGGUGGGUUCCUAACAACUGGUCCUGGGUCAUGGCCGUUAUCAUGGCCGUUUUUUAGGUUAUAGUUGGGACCUAACAACUGGUCUAGGACCAGUUCUGCUCUUAUGUCUGCGUAAUGGUUAAGGUUAGAGCUAAGGUACAGUGAGCUGCUAAACCUAAAUCAGUGGUAAAGAAAAUAUUAUAAACUUGAUGAGAUUGAUUUGGGCUCUUGGUGAUCAAUCAGUGUGAUGUAAAACUAUCUGUGUCUUCUCCCUGCAGGUUUCAUCAUGACGGUGAGCCGGCCCUGUUACUUUGGCAACCUGUUGCUAGGCGUCGUUGGGGUGGACGUGAACUUAGCCUACAUUUUAGAGGACGUCACCUACUACCAGGAUUCCCUGGCCUCCUACACCUUCCUCAUAGACAACAAAGGUACGUCUUAUACUAACCCUACCCCCUACACACUAACCCUAACCCUGGCCUCCUAUACACUAACCCUACACCCUACCCCCUACACACUAACCCUGGCCUCCUAUACACUAACCCUACACCCUACCCCCUACACACUAACCCUAACCCUGGCCUCCUAUACACUAACCCUACACCCUACCCCCUACACACUAACCCUGGCCUCCUACACACUAACCCUACACCCUACCCCCUACACACUAACCCUGGCCUCCUAUACACUAACCCUACACCCUAACCCCCUACACACUAACCCUAACCCUGGCCUCCUAUACACUAACCUACAACCUACCCCCUACACACUAACCCUGGCCUCCUAUACACUAACCCCCUAACACACUAACCCUGGCCUCCUACACACUAACCCUACACCCUACCUACACACUAACCCUGGCCUCCUAUACACUAACCCUACCCCCUACACACUAACCCUGGCAUCCUAUACACUAACCCUACCCCCUACACACUAACCCUGGCGUCCUAUACAUUAACCCUACACCCUACCCCCUGCACACUAACCCUGGCCUCCUAUACACUAACCCUACCCCCUACACACUAACCCUGGCCUCCUAUACACUAACCCUACACACUAACCCUGGCCUCCUAUACACUAACCCUACACCCUACCCCCUACACACUAACCCUGGCCUCCCUAACCUAACCCUAAACACUACCACCUAACCUGCUCAUACCUAACCUAACCCCCUACAACAACCUGGCCUCCUAUACACUAACCCUACACCCUACCCCUACACACUAACCCUGGCUCCUAUCACUAUAACCCUACUCCUACACACCUACGCCCCUACACAACCCUACCCCUACACCACUAACCCUGGCCUCCUAAACUAACACUAACCCUACCCCCUACAUCCCUACAACACUAACCCUGGCCCUCCUAACACUAACCCUCCUACACCUAACCCACCCCCUCAACACCACUAACCCUGGCCUCCUAUACACUAACCCUACCCUACCCUACACACUAACCCUGGCCUCCUAUACACUAACCCUACCCCCCUACCACACCUAACCCUGGCCAUACACUAACCCUACCUACCCUAACCACCCUGGCCAACCUAACCCUACCUACCCACACAAACCCUGGCCUACCUAUAUACCAACUAACCCUAUACACACCCCUACACACUACCCUCCUGGCCUCCUAUCACUAACCCUAACCCUACCCCCUACACACUAACCCUGGCCUCCUAUACACUAACCUACCCCCUACACACAACCCUGGCCUCCUAUACACUAACCCUACCCCCUACACACUACACCCUACCCCCCCUACCCUCCUCUAACACUAACCCUAACCCCCUACACACUAACCCUGCCUCCUAUACACUAACCCUACAACCCCUACAACCCUCCUAACAUACCCACUAUACCACUACACUAACCCUAACCCCCCUCACACUAACCUAACCCUGGCCUCCUAACACUAACCCUACACCCUACCCCCUACACACUAACCCUAACCCUGGCCUCCUAUACCUUCAUCAUAGACUACAAAGGUACAUCCUACACUUUUUCUGCCUGUUCACAAAAGCAUUAUUUGGCAAUUGGUGUGUAGGCUAUUUGGCGCACAGAAUUAUACAUUUAUGGAUUAUUAUUUUCUCUUUAUUCAACUUGCCUGCCACCCACCCGCCCUUCCCAUGGAUAUAACCGCAGGGACAGUGGGUUAUGAGUCAAUCCGCGCAUCACUAGCAGGGACUGGCCCAGGGACACACCUAGAGGCAGGGACUGGGCCAGAGACACACCUAGAGGCAGGGACUGGGCCAGAGACACACCUAGAGGCAGGGACUGGGCCGGAGACACACCUAGAGGCAGGGACUGGGCCGGAGACACACCUAGAGGCAGGGACUGGCCCAGGGACACACCUAGAGGCAGGGACUGGGCCAGAGACACACCUAGAGGCAGGGACUGGGCCAGAGACACACCUAGAGGCAGGGACUGGGGCCAGAGACACACCCAGAGGCAGGGACUGGGCCAGAGACACACCCAGAGGCAGGGACUGGGCCAGAGACACACCUAGAGGCAGGGACUGGGCCAGAGACACACCUAGAGGCAGGGACUGGGCCAGAGACACACCUAGAGGCAGGGACUGGGCCAGAGACACACCUAGAGGCAGGGACUGGGCCAGAGACACACCUAGAGGCAGGGACUGGGCCAGAGACACACCUAGAGGCAGGGACUGGGCCAGAGACACACCUAGAGGCAGGGACUGGGCCAUAGACGCACCUAGAGGCAGGGACUGGGCCAGAGACACACCUAGAGGCAGGGACUGGGCCAGAGACACACCUAGAGGCAGGGACUGGCCCAGGGACACACCUAGAGGCAGGGACUGGCCCAGAGACACACCUAGAGGCAGGGACUGGGCCAGAGACACACCUAGAGGCAGGGACUGGGCCAGAGACACACCUAGAGGCAGGGACUGGGCCAGAGACACACCUAGAGGCAGGGACUGGGCCAUAGACACACCUAGAGGCAGGGACUGGGCCAGAGACACACCUAGAGGCAGGGACUGGGCCAGAGACACACCUAGAGGCAGGGACUGGCCCAGGGACACACCUAGAGGCAGGGACUGGCCCAGAGACACACCUAGAGGCAGGGACUGGGCCAGAGACACACCUAGAGGCAGGGACUGGGCCAGAGACACACCUAGAGGCAGGGACUGGGCCAGAGACACACCUAGAGGCAGGGACUGGGCCAGAGCUAGGGUUUGUCUCAGUGCUUCCCUGCCACUCUCAUGUUAUGUUUUCCUUUAGUGUCAACACAGGCUAGCUAUACAGUGGGGAGAACAAGUAUUUGAUACACUGCCGAUUUUGCAUGUUUUCCUACUUACAAAGCAUGUAGAGGUCUGUAAUUUUUAUCAUAGGUACACUUCAACUGUGAGAGACGGAAUCUAAAACAGAAAUCCAGAAAAUCACAUUGUAUGAUUUUUAAGUAAUUCAUUUGCAUUUUAUUGCAUGACAUAAGUAUUUGAUCACCUACCAACCAGUAAGAAUUCCGGCUCUCACAGACCUGUUAGUUUUUCUUUAAGAAGCCCUCCUGUUCUCCACUCAUUACCUGUAUUAACUGCACCUGUUUGAACUCGUUACCUGUAUAAAAGACACCUGUCCACACACUCAAUCAAACAGACUCCAACCUCUCCACAAUGGCCAAGACCAGAGAGCUGUGUAAGGACAUCAGGGAUAAAAUUGUAGACCUGCACAAGGCUGGGAUGGGCUACAGGACAAUAGGCAAGCAGCUUGGUGAGAAGGCAACAACUGUUGGCGCAAUUAUUAGAAAAUGGAAGAAGUUCAAGAUGACGGUCAAUCACUCUCGGUCUGGGGCUCCAUGCAAGAUCUCACCUCGUGGGGCAUCAAUGAUCAUGAGGAAGGUGAGGGAUCAGCCCAAAACUACACGGCAGGACCUGGUCAAUGACCUGAAGAGAGCUGGGACCACAGUCUCAAAGAAAACCAUUAGUAACACACUACGCCGUCAUGGAUUAAAAUCCUGCAGCGCACGCAAGGUCCCCCUGCUCAAGCCAGCGCAUGUCCAGGCCCGUCUGAAGUUUGCCAAUGACCAUCUGGAUGAUCCAGAGGAGGAAUGGGAGAAGGUCAUGUGGUCUGAUGAGACAAAAAUAGAGCUUUUUGGUCUAAACUCCACUCGCCGUGUUUGGAGGAAGAAGAAGGAUGAGUACAACCCCAAGAACACCAUCCCAACCGUGAAGCAUGGAGGUGGAAACAUCAUUCUUUGGGGAUGCUUUUCUGCAAGAGGACAGGACGACUGAACCGUAUUGAGGGGAGGAUGGAUGGGGCCAUGUAUCGCGAGAUCUUGGCCAACAACCUCCUUCCCUCAGUAAGAGCAUUGAAGAUGGGUCGUGGCUGGGUCUUCCAGCAUGACAACGACCCGAAACACACAGCCAGGGCAACUAAGGAGUGGCUCCGUAAGAAGCAUCUCAAGGUCCUGGAGUGGCCUAGCCAGUCUCCAGACCUGAACCCAAUAGAAAAUCUUUGGAGGGAGCUGAAAGUCCGUAUUGCCCAGCGACAGCCCCGAAACCUGAAGGAUCUGGAGAAGGUCUGUAUGGAGGAGUGGGCCAAAAUCCCUGCUGCAGUGUGUGCAAACCUGGUCAAGACCUACAGGAAACGUAUGAUCUCUGUAAUUGCAAACAAAGGUUUCUGUACCAAAUAUUAAGUUCUGCUUUUCUGAUGUAUCAAAUACUUAUGUCAUGCAAUAAAAUGCAAAUUAAUUACUUAAAAAUCAUACAAUGUGAUUUUCUGGAUUUCAUAGGUACACUUCAACUGUCUCUCACAGUUGAAGUGUACCUAUGAUAAAAAUUACAGACCUCUACAUGCUUUGUAAGUAGGGAAACCUGCAAAAUCGGCAGUGUAUCAAAUACUUGUUCUCCCCACUGUAUUUAAGAUGUUAAGGUUAAAAAUAAAAUAAAAAAAUUUAAAUAAAAGGUUUUCAAGUUAAACAGGCCAUGUUCAGACGUGUGUGUUGACUGGGUUAUUAUGAAACUUUGUCAGACUAGCAGUAUAGCCUCUGUACUCCCUAGAGGGGUUUUGGGAAACAAUCCGAAUGGUUGGCAGUAAUGUUAUUGUAAUGAGUCUGUUGUCAGAUGACAGGUUGUUACUGCACGGUGCUUAUUACACUGUCAAACCAUGAUUAAUGAGUAUUAAAGUCGUUAGGUGUGUUGUGACUAAUAGGCCACUCUCAAUUAGACAGCAGAUAAACAGUUGAGUGGAGAGUAGACUGCUGCUGUAAUGUUAAUGGACUGUUGUAGUAUGGAGGUAAUGUGGUCAGAGAUACCUUGUCGUUAGAGAAAAGGGAUUCUCCUCGCUCUCGCUCGCUCUCUCUCUCUCACUUUGCCCUCCUUAAAAUACACCCCCCCUGUCUCUCCCUCCUUCCCUCCUCCCUCGUAAGGGCUUUCAAUCUCCCAUAGCUUACUAUUAGUGCUGCUCUGGUGCCUGCCUGAAUACAGGACCACAGUAGUAGGGGUCUAGGGGUGAUCUGGCCUCACCCUGCCCAGGGAGCAGUAGCCCGUCCCUGGGGUGAGGUGUGGUCAAGGCCCCUGGGUGCUGGAGGCUCCAUGAAAGGCUGCUCCUGUGAAGAGCCCUUGAUGGCAUUGACUGAUGAUGCGUGUUCUGUUCUGAUGAUGUGGAUAUUUUUGGUUUCCUAGGUUACACCCUGAUGCACCCGUCCCUCACACGGCCCUACCUGAUGACAGAGCCUCCCCUCCACACUGACAUCAUCCACUAUGAGAACAUCCCUGGGUUCCCCGUGGUACGGGACAACAUACUCCAGUGAGUUAGGGUCAAGGCUCAGAGGGUUUCACCAGUAUGUAUCCAUGCUGGAAACUCAAGGCAGACUAGUAAUGUAGUAAGAUGUGUUUUCAUCCACUCUCUUUGUCAUUGCAAUCUUUGUUUACAUAAUGUAAUCUGCAUUGCACGCUCUUGUGUUGCUAACGUUAACCCUCCUACUUCCUGUCCCUCCCUCCAGUCUUCCCCUGGGUAGUCAGGUGAUAGCUGUGCCCACCAACUCCUCUCUGUCCUGGCACACCAACCGCCUCCGAGACCCCAGCAAGGAGGCCUACAACGUCAGCUACACAUGGAAACUGGUGCGAUGCACUGCUGUUGCUGUCUGUCACUCUGUCUGUCUGUCUGUUUGUGACUCUGUAUUUCUCCUCUCUAGAUCGAGAUCCCUUUUUUCCCCCUCUUCCUCUCCCCUCUGUCCCUCUCUCACCCCCUCUCUCCAUAACACAACAAGCCAGCAAUUCAGUAUUGCAUCUUCAUCUUAUUUUUCCCUCUCUCCCUCUUCCUCUGUCACGCCAUCUCCCUCAGUCACAGUGGUUCCCACCCAACACUGUCACCUCCAAUCUGUCACCUUUAGAAAAACCCAGUGCCCCCCCCCCCCCCCCCCAGCCACUAUGUGUCAUGUUUUAGGAAAAAUAGGGCGGACAGCAAAAACCUCAUCUUAAAAGUGGAUUUUUUUGCUUGAGAAACAGAGUUCACACAUCACUUAUUCUAUGACCUAUGACUAGUUUCUUCUACCCAGCUGUCUCUAUGUUGUUGUCAAGUUCAGCAUUAAAAUGGUAACUUGGCUUAGCAAAGUCUUGUUGCACCAGAUCUGCUGAAGGGCUCUGGUGUGUUUCAGUGUUUUGCCACACCAGCCCACUCUCUCCUGUCCUGUCCUGUCCUAGCCUCCCAGCCAGAUCCACUCAACAUGUGUAAUUUAAAGGUCCAAUGCAGCUGUUUUUAUCUCGAUAUCAAAUCAUUUCUGGGUAACAAUUAAGUACGUUACUGUGACUGUUUUCAAUUCAAAUGGUCAAAAAGAAACAAAAAUAGCUUAUUAGCAAAGAGCAAUUUCUCAAGCAAGAAUUUUGCUAGGACUGUCUGGGAAAACUGAAAACUAGCUGUUAUUGGCAGAGGUUUGGAACUCUUAUUCUUAUUGGUCUAUUAACUAAUUAGGCCUAAACUCUAUCCCACCAAAACAGGCAGACAUUUUAGGCGUUCUUUUCAAACAGCUCUUACACUAAAACGGUAUUAUCAUCAUUUUCACAGUAUUAUUUCAACCUCAGUGUGAAAAUAUAAAUAAAACACAGGAAAAUCAUGGUUUUGACUGCAAUGGGCCUUUAAAAUCAUUGGCGCCGUCAUUAUGCACAGCACAUUUAUCAGCACCAGUCAGCAGUGCUGGGAAAGGACGGCCUGCGUGUGUGUGUGCACGUGCGUGCGCUCACGCGAUGGGUUAAUAAAACACUCGCUGUGACGUCUGAAAGUAAACACACUGGAAAAGAAGGCAGACAGGAGCAGGGAGUAGGAGUGUGUGUAGUGUCACUGUCGGAGCUCAGGAGUUUCUAAACCUCAACUCCCCAUUACAAGUUAUGAUCAGUCAUGUCUUAUCAAUGAUUGUGAAAAUCUAGUAAAAUGUCUCUAGCUGUGUGUAUGCUCUAAGUAGAAGCUCCUACACAAAACAUCCAUUCUCUUCUCCCUCAAUCCCUCUCCCUUCCACCCAGUGCCUGUACCCCAGGGAUACUCAUUAACACACAUAUAAAUCCCAUCCUCUCCCCUCCCCAGGUGCAGGACAAGGCGUUCAUCCUGUGCAUAGUGUACGUCCAGCCAGAGAUCCCUGUGAAACACCUGAAGAACCUGAACACUGCUCCCAGCUCCAAGCUGCUCUAUCAUCGCCUAGACCUGCUGGGACAGCCCAGCUCCUGUCUGCACUUCAAACAGCUGGCCACCGUUGGUAAGACAUGGGGCCACACAGGCAAUGACUGUGAGAGAGGAACUAGGCUAGAGGCAGAGAAUUUAUUCAUUUAGUCUCUAUUUUCCUCUCUCUGUCUGUCUGGCUUUCUGUCGCUCUCGCUCUCUCUCUCGCUCUCUGUCUGUCUGGCUCUCUGGCUCUGUCUGGCUCUUGGUUCUCUCUCUCUCUCUGUCUGUCUGGCUCUCUGUCUCUGUCUGUCUGGCUCUGUCUCUCUCUCUCUCUCUCUCUCUCUCUGUCUGGCUCUCUGUCUCUCUCUCGCUCUCUCUCUGUCUGUCUGGCUCUCUGUCUGGCUCUCUCUCUCUGUCUCUUUCUCUGUCUCUCUGUCUGUCUGUCUCUCUGUCUCUCUCUCGCUCUCUCUCUGUCUGUCUGGCUCUCUGUCUGGCUCUCUGUCUCUCUGUCUCUUUCUCUGUCUCUCUCUCUCAGAGAGUCCUACAGUGAUGCUGUCUGCAGGGAGUUUCUCCUCGCCCUACGAACACCUCAGCCAACCAGAGACCAAACGCAUGGUGGAACACUACACUGCCUACCUCAGUGAUAACACACGCCUCAUAGCCAACCCUGGACUCAAGGUACACUCACACACUCACACAAUCACAUUUGAUUGACCGUAACGACAGUCAUUAACACAGAGAAGCCAAACUAAUAUCAAACACGUAUCUUCUGAAAAGACCACACUAGCAAAACACCACCAAAAGAAAGACAGGUCUCUUAGCUUCACUGCUUUCUGUGUCUUUUAGGAGAAGCUAGAGAAAAGCUCCAUGUUUUUAGCAGCCUGUGUGCACAGCAUUUUUAGCCCCUCUCUGUACGUGGUGAGAGAGUGGGGGAGAGACUGAGAGACUCUCAGUAAAGGGUGAGGGAGAUCCUGAGCUGGGCCUACCCUACAGCUUAGAGAGAGCUCAGCUCUUCUUCCCUGUCUUAAAGGAACCCUGCUAUAUCCCUCUCUCUCUCCAUCUAGUCGUCGGUCAGGAACGAGGUGAUGGCGACCAGUCACGUCACAGAUGAAUGGAUGACACUCAUGGAGAUGAGUAGCCUCAACUGCUACAUUGUUCGCCGUUACAUAGCAACGCCCAAUGGGGUGCUUCGGAUUUACCCCGGCUCACUCAUGGACAAAGCCUUCGAUCCGACCCGGAGACAAUGGUGAGGUUAAUUUAGCGGUGUGUGGGGGGUAGAGAGUGAUGGAAAGGUGAGUCCUGCAAAACAGUGUUUUGGAUCGGCUUAGUGCAUAGCUUUCUCUGUUCAUGGUCUGAAUGAUUCACUUUCUAUGGAAAAGUUUUGAGUUCUACUAAAUCCUUCAUGACACUUUUCAUUUUGUAUGGCAGUCUAGAGUAGUCAGAUAUAUUUUCACCUUGGAAUGUUUUAGUAUAAAUGUUUCAGUCAGGAUCUGUUACUUUUCUAGAAUAAACAUUGUUUUUUAGUUUUUUUCCCCCAGUCUUUAGUUAGUAGACAGUAUCCACAGGUAUUGUCAGGGAAUUAGUAUGUUGUGUCAAGGCGUUUGUUUUUGUUUCCCAUCACACUGACCAUGCUCUCUAACCUCUAACCUCUGACCUCUGAUCCAAACAGGUACCAGCACGCGGUGGCGAACCCAGGCCUCAUCACCUUCACCGGGCCUUACCUGGAUGUGGGCGGGGCCGGAUACGUGGUCACCAUCAGCCACACCAUCCACGCCUCCAGGUACUCUAGGAGGACACACACACAAUCUUCCUCACCAUUCACGCCCUAGGCUCUGAUUGGAAGAAACCCAGUUGGACUGUAUCCAUGUCACACAGAGUGAUGGUGAUACACCAGUCUAGUUAUCAGGGCAACCUGAUAAACACUAAGAGAUUUUCAUUUGAGACUGUUGAUGAAUUUGAAACGUUCUGUUUCUUUAGUUUUUUUAAUGAUACAAUGCUAAGCUCUUCUGUUUUUUUCAUAACUGGCAUUUCAUUAUAUAUGCCAAUAUAGCAAAUACUUUUAUCCAAAGCGACUUAGUCAUGCGUGCAUACAUUCAUUGUAUGGGUGGCAGCAGUAGGAAUCAAAUCCAUGACCCUUGGGGUUGUAACCGACAUGCUCUACCGACUGAGCCACAUAAGACCAUUAUCUCAAGCAAUACAUAGAGCAAAACAUGAAGAAGUAGUGGGAAAUAGACAGACUAAUUUGAUCUGCAAGUGUAAUGGCCCUGGCAGUCUCCUGUUUGUGCCUGCUGACUACAGUUACAACGUUACUGGUUAAUCUCAGAGGAGGCUGUAGACUUGAGGCAAUCACCAACAACUGGAUUAUGAUAUAAUACACACACAGCUCUGAUAAGGCAGGCUCAGUGUGUUUGGUGGUUCUGGCCCAGUGAGCAUGUCCUGUGGCCUCUGUAGUAUGCCUAGACGCUGCUCUCAAAUAAGGCUCCCAAGAGCUGCGCGAACAUGCCUUUAUACCAGAGCAUGGUUUUGGGAAGGGAAGGUAGCUAGAGAAUAUGAAAUGUGCACUGUUGAAUAAUGUUCUCUCCUCUGCUCUCUCUGUGUAGUUCUCAGAUGGCCUCAGGGUAUGCAGUAGCAGUGAUGGGGAUAGACUUCACACUGCGUUACUUCUACAAGGUUCUGCUGGACCUGCUACCCAUCUGCAAUCAGGACAAGGGCAACAAGAUCCGGUAUGUCUUUCUUUGAGGGUCCUUCUCUCUUGUUAUAGGGGUUUGUGACUAUGACUGAUAGGGAUCCUGGCACAUUCACUAGUCCUCCAACAUCCCAGCAUGCCCUCUGCUAAGUGGGAGAAACCAAAGAGAGAGACUCAAGGAAGUUUUCUGUUGUGGUCCAGAAAUAAACUAUGCUGGUUACAAAGAAGGUGAGAGGGGGAGAGGGGGGAGAGGGAGAAGGGGAGAGGGAGAAGGGGAGAGGGAGGGAGGGGGAGUCAAAAGAAGAUAAACUGAUUAUAAUUACAUUCCAGAAACAUCCUGUUAUGCUAGAUGCUGCUGCUACAUUAUUUUUCUCGUUUCACUCUUUGUCUCCCCUCCCUCCCUCCAGUAUCUCUCUCUGUACCCCUAAUCUAUCUCUCCCUCCCUCUCCCCCUUCUCUCUCCAGUCCUCUCCCCCUUUCUUUCUCUCGCUCCCCCCGUCUCUCUCUCUCUCUCUCUCUCUCUCUCUCUCUCUGUCUGACAGUCUUCAGUGGUUCAUGUUUAACUGGAGGAAGGGGAUGGAGGUGGGUUGGGGUUGAAUGGUUUUCUAUCAUGCAGGAUGGGGUAAUAUGGGACAAUACACAGAGCUGAGCUGGAGCCUGGCCCAUGUGGUGCUCUUAACCCUCAGAACUUGCUCUCUCUCCCUGUAACACCACCCCCCGUCUCUCCUGACUUAACACUGCUCUCUGCCCUCCACAUCCACUGUAAUCGCUCUGGCUCUCUCCCUCUCAACAGCAAGUCUGAGCUUCGGGUUCUGUUGUGUUUAAAUCAGAUGGAUUUCAGUGGGCAUGUGUUUAAGUAUUUAAGUGUAUUAAGUUAAAUUGAUUGUACUGUUCAGUAAAAUGAAUAAUACUUCAACUGGAUUUUCUCUCUCUGUCUCUCCAUCUCUCGCUCUCUCGGUCUCGAUCUCUCCGUCACUCUCUCUGUCGCUUUCUUGCUGUCUCUCUCUCUAGGUGUUUCAUCAUGGAGGACAGGGGUUACUUGGUGGCCCACCCCACCCUCAUCGACCCUAAAGGUCACGCCCCAGCCGAGCGGCAGCACAUCACACACAAGGAACCACUGGUGGCCAACGACAUCCUGAACCAUCCUAACUUUGUCAAGAAGAACCUGUGCAACAGCUUCAGCGACCGCACGGUCCAGCGUUUCUACAAGUUCAACACCAGCAUCAUUGUGAGUAGGGGCUCAGAGAUAAGACUUUGGACAGCAGGGAUUUUCUCACUCUCUGUCUCUCUCUCCCUGUCUCUCUCUCCCUGUCUCUCUCUCCCUGUCUCUCUCCCUGUCUCUCUCGCUCUGUCUCUCUCUCUGUCUCUCUCUGUCUGUCUUUCUCUCUCCGUCUCUCGCUCUGUCUCUCUCUCUGUCUGUCUUUCUCUCUCUGUCUCUCUCUCUGUCUGUCUUUCUCUCUCCGUCUCUCGCUCUGUCUCUCUCUCUGUCUGUCUUUCUCUCUCUGUCUCUCUCGGCCCCAAUAUGACCCUGCUGUCCAAAGUCUGACAGCCCCUGUGUCACAAGAUCCACCAUUUUGGAUACAGUUUGACACUGACUGAGUAAAUUUGACAGGUAGUGUCCUCUCGCUUUGUUGCCCUCAGAAAACCAUUUUCCCAGGACAGCUUUUAUUAUUGUCCAUCAGUAUUAUAGCCCCACCACGUGGUGAGAAAUUGUAUAGCAGCCUCAAUGAGCUUUACUCAAAUGACCCAAGUGCUUCCUUUCUUUGUAGAGCCAUUGAUAAACCAUAGUCUAGUACCAUGUUUUCUCUAAUACAUAGUAUUUUGCAUUUUUUAAACAAACCCAAAGAAGCUUGACAACACUCCUCCUGUCUCUCCUGAUGGUGACCUGACUAACCUGGUCCACGGCUCCAUGUACUGUCUGAUAAACCCAAUGAUGUAUAUAAACCCUGGAUUGCUGAUGCUAAGUAUUGGCCAAUGAGAGGCUCUGAAGCCAGCGGUCGUCCAUAUUGGCACUCCUCAGAAAUGCAGACCUCCAUAGGAAUGAAUGGAAUUCUACAGUAUUUCAUUUAAAUGUUUCAAGGACAAAAUUACACACAUUCUUUUAUUAGUAUUUUUAUGUUUAGCUCACAUAAUACAAUUUAAAAGUAUUCAUUAAGGUGUCUGUAAUAUAAUAAACAUGGCAUAAACAAAUUUAAACAUGAAUAAAUGCAUUUCUAUAGCUUCCAAAAUAUUUUUUACAAUGGUGGGGGAGUGCCAAGAUGGAGGCAAGGCGGCUUCAAAACAGCGCCCCGUUAGUCAUCUAGUGUAUAAAUAUAAAUCAUUGGAUAAACCCUUGUCUAGUAACAUAUCUCACUAUGUUCCCUCUCUCGCUCUCGAUCCCUCUUCCUUCACAGGGUGAUCUGACUAACCUGGUCCACGGGAGCCACUGCUCCAAGUACCGUCUGACCCGUAUCCCUGGCACCAACGCUUUCGCUGGCAUCGUCAAUGAGACGUGUGAUUCGCUGGCUUUCUGUGCCUGUAGCACCGUCGACCGCCUCUGUCUCAACUGUCACAGGUCAGAUAUACAGUCACAGGAGUUAUAGAGUUACAUUGGAAAUAAGAUGGUGUUUUAUUAUUUCUAUUCAAGAACUCAAUUAAUUCUACGAGGUAUCUGUUUAACUUGCUGUAUUAAAAGGGGUGAAUAUUUGCGUCACAAAGUUCAUUCAUAGUACUUUUGUUGGUUUUCAGUCAUAACUUUCAUGGAUCUAUAUUCUUACAACAUGGCUGUAACUGUUGUCCAUGUGUUGUACAGGAUGGAGCAGAAUGAGUGUGAGUGUCCAUGUGAGUGCCCCCUGGAGGUCAACGAGUGUACUGGCAACCUCACCUACGCUGAGAACAGGUGAGUCAAGAACCACGAUAAACAUCCUGCAUGUUAAAAAAGCCCACAUUUUUGUUUUGUUUGUGUGUUUAGAUGUGUAUUGCUCUACUGUAAUGUAGAUGUGUGUGGGUGUCUGUGUAUUUGAGUGUGUGUACCCGCAUCUGUACUGAAGCCUUUUCUAUAGUGCCCACAGGAAGUGAUGGACUCGGUCAUGCAGCUCACUGUCUCAUCAUGCCAUUCCUCAGAAACACCUGUGUCCUCAGUCAGCUAUUCAACUUUGACUAGCAUUAACCUCUUAAGGAUCUGACCCUUUUUUUCAAUUUUCGCCUAAAAUGACACCCAAAUAUAACUGCCUGUAGCUCAGGACCUGAAGCAAGGAUAUGCAUAUUCUUGAUACCAUUUGAAAGGAAACACUUUGAAGUUUGUGGAAAUGUGAAAUUAAUGCAGGAGAAUAUAACACAUUUGAUCUGGUAAAAAAUAAUACAAACAAAAAAACAUGCGUUUUCUAUUUAUUUUUUUGUUCCAUCAUCUUUGAAAUGCAAGAGAAAGACCACAAUAUAAUGUUGCAGUUUAGGCGCAAUUUAGAAUUUGGCCACUAGACGGCAGCAGUGUGUGCGCAAAGUUUCAGAUUGAUCAAGUGAAGCAUUGCAAUACUGGACUAUUUUGUAUCAAGUCUGCCCAAAUGUGCCGAAUUGGUCAACUGAUAAAUUUUCAAGUACAUAACUAUAGAGAACAUACAAAAAUGAUAUGGUAAUACAAAAUGUAAGUUUACACACUCCCAGGAAUGUCAUACAUGAUGGAUCAUUAGGUUAUACACUAACAUUCACACAACUAGACAGCAGGGGUUCAAACUAUAGAACCCAGUUCCUACAUUUGAAUAUAAAAAUGGAUUUUAUCAAACAAAACUAUGCUACAUUUUAUCUCUGGGACCCUUAGGAUGACAAAUCAGAGCAAGAUUACUGAAUGUAAGUACAUUCAGAGGUGAAUGUAUCAAACCAGUUGCCGUGAUAGGUUUUUUGUUGUUGUGCACUCUCCUCAAACAAUAGCAUGGUAUUUUUUUCACUGUAAUAGCUACUGUAAAUUGGACAGUGCAGUUAGAUUAACAAGAAUGUAAGCUUUCUUCCCAUAUAAGACAUGUCUAUGUCCUGGAAAGUUUGCUGUUACUUACAACAGUCAUGCUAUGUUAGCUCAACCGUCCCUUAUACGGGACACAGAUCCCGUAGAGGUUAACAACAACUGUCUGUCUGGCUAAGGCUCUUUGUGAGAGGAGAGGGCGGGUGGGAGGAUAGAGGGAUGCUAGAGAAAAGAUUGUCCACAAAGCUGCUGUCAGACUGCAGUCAUGCAUUCAUGUAGUGUUCACUCUGUUGUGGUUGAUUGAGGUCUUUUCAUGUAAUGCUAAUUACUGCCUAAUUUGAAACUGGGACAUUAUCGUUGGUUAGUCAUUACCUCCUUGAUUCAGUGUGGUGACAUGUGUCUCUCAUUUGAACUGUGUUUGUCAUUGUUGUAGUCUGACCGUGUGGUCAUGUUCAUCACUAUGGUCUGACCGUGUUUGUGGUUGUAUUCAACAGGAACCCCAGCUGUGAGGUGCACCAGGAGCCCCUGUCUCUGACGGUGAUGGACUCCAGUCUGCAGGACACCCUGCCCCAGUGUAUCAACACCCGCUGCAGCCAGCGCUUCACUAGCAGGUAGAGGACAGCUACCGCCCACAGCUACCGCCCACAGCUACCGCACACAGCUACCGGCUACGGCCCACAGGCCACAGCUACAGCCCACAGCUACCGCCCACAGCUACCGCCCACGGCUACCGCCCACAGCCACAGGCUACGGCCCACAGCCACAGGCUACAGCCCACAGCUAUAGCCCACAGGCUACCGCCGACAGCUACCGCCCACAGCCACAGGCUACAGCCCACAGCUAUAGCCCACAGGCUACCGCCCACAGCUACUGCCCACAGCACCUCCCUGGGGGAACGACAGUGUGAAGAAAUACUGUACUGGAUAAUAAACUUCUUAUUUUAGACCACACCUCUGUCAUCUCUCAAACUGGAGUUUAAUUAAAACAUGUAGUGAUGUGUAUAUACUGAUUUAGAAGAGCAAAACAAGUUUCAGAUCACAACACAUUUCCAAAAUACAUUUGCUGAGAUUUACUGUGAAGAAAAUCCCUUAAAUUGUAUGUUAGAGUCUUGACCAUGACUGUACCUCUUACCUUUACUCUGUGAUCCCCAGUGACUGUUUUGGCGUGUUGGACUGUGAAUGGUGUAUGGUGGACAAUGAUGGGAAGACCCACCUGGAAAAACCUUACUGUGCCCUGCAGAAGGAAUGCUUCGGGGGCAUCCUCGGGGCCAAGAGCCCUUACAUGGACGGCAUGGGGAUGUUGGGUGAGUCUACUCAGUCCUUAUUGUCACAAGGUCAUGCAAACAGAACAGGGUAGUGGGCUUGAUUUCCCACAGCUAUGUCCAGAGCAAUUUAUUUAGUGAGUUAGGACCAGAGCAAUUUAUUUAGAGAGUUAGGACCAGAGCAAUUUAUUUAGAGAGUUAGGACCAGAGCAAUUUAUUUAGAGAGUUAGGACCAGAGCAAUUUAUUUAGAGAGUUAGGACCAGAGCAAUUUAUUUAGAGAGUUAGGACCAGAGCAAUUUAUUUAGAGAGUUAGGACCAGAGCAAUUUAUUUAGAGAGUUAGGACCAGAGCAAUUUAUUUAGAGAGUUAGGACCAGAGCAAUUUAUUUAGAGAAGCCAACUUGUAGAAUUUGUAAUAUUGUUCUAAUUCUAAACAUUCAGUUACACAGUAUUCCCCAUGUAAUGUUAAUGGGGAGCUAACAUGAAACCGCAUUGGCCCAACUCUCUAUUGAGGUUUCUGCAUUCUGAUGCAUUGACAUGACCCUACAACAUUCUAUGGCGGCCAUGUUAGCUCACCAUUAACAUUACAUGGGGAAUAUUUAAACAAUGCUGUGUAACUGAAUGUCUAGAAUUAGAACAAUAUUACAAAUUCGACAAAUUGGCCCAACUCUCUAAAUACAUAGCUCUGCCUAUGUCAUAGUCCUCCUAGAAUAAUAUUUGGUUAACAUAAUAGAUGUAAUUUAUUUAACUUCCACUCUCUCUCCCUCCUCCCCCUGCUCUCCCCUCCCUCCUUCCAGAUGAGGAGGUGGCAUCUCUGAACAUGAUUCGGAGUGCCCCGGUAGGGCCGGUUGCCGGGGGGAUUAUGGGCUGUAUCAUGGUGCUGGUGUUGGCUGUCUACGCCUACAGACACCAGAUCCACCGGCGCUCACACCAACACAUGUCCCCUCUGGCUGCACAGGGUAAGACACCUCGACAUACUGGAGAUGAAUGUUACCUAGAACAACUGACUAUGGAAAUACAGCUAAUUAGUGCAUGCAAGUUGGACAACAUCGGUGACACAAGUAGCCUCUGAUUUAAGUUCUCAGAGAAAUCUCAGUGCUAUUAAUAGGACAUGUUAUUGACAUUUAAAACCACUUUAGUGUCUUAGUGUGUUAUGAAAGUACUCAAACUCAGACAGUAAUUGCCCCUAUAAUUGCCUCUGUUGUCUGACAAUCAGGUCUUAGUUUUGAUAAUGAAAGCUGUUGCUAGAGCUGUGGGGAUGAUUUAAUUAACUAAAGCCCUGGACUCAAUGGCUGACCUGCGCUACAGACAGCAGCAUUGCCUUUCCCUAAUGAGACCAUAAACACUCGUUGUUAACUCUGACAAGAGAUACAUGAAAGAAAUCUCUUACAAUAAUACUUUCCCUCUCUCCUUUCUGCAGAGAUGUCAGUGCGGAUGUCUAACCUGGAUAAUGAGCGAGAUGAGGACAGUCAUGAAGACAGGGGAAUCAGUAAGUACUGCAGGACAAUUAGUAUCAGUGUACUGUAAGACCAUUACCUUGACUUGACCCUGUGUUUUAUUCCUUGUAUUAAACCUAGAUGUUUUCCUGUCCCGUCCUGCAGUCAGCAACACACGGUUUAUCGCCGCGGUGAUCGAGAGACACACCCACAGUCCCGAGCGCAGGAGGAGGUACUGGGGACGCUCAGGGACAGAGAGUGACCACGGUAAGACCAGAAGAUGACCCCAGAGGAAACAGGCCUCUGUUCUGCUCUUAAAACCACACAUUGUAUGGUUGAGAGGGAGGAGAGUAGUAUAACUCUGUGUAGAACCACCGGAGAUGAGACUCUAGCUAACACUGCUAGUGUAACUACUGAUCAUAGAGGAAAGUGAAGGAGAGGAGGAAAUGGAUGCAGUGGAGAAAUACAGAGAGAGUGCAAGAAAGAGGGCGGAGGCGUUUCAGGGCAAAAGCGUAUUGGCUCUGUUCCUCAGCUCAGUCAGAGCUGUCCUUCCACAGUCCACACACUCACACAGCUGCUCUACUCUCUGGACACACACUCACACAGCUGCUCUACUCUCUGGACACACACUCAGUCAGAGGGGUCCUUCCACAGUCCACACACUCACACAGCUGCUCUACUCUCUGGACACACACUCAGUCAGAGGUGUCCUUCCACAGUCCACACACUCACACAGCUGCUCUACUCUCUGGACACACACUCAGUCAGAGGUGUCCUUCCACAGUCCACACACUCACACAGCUGCUCUACUCUCUGGACACACACUCAGUCACUGAGUGAAGGAUGUUGUCUAACAGCCUGCAGGCUAACAGACAUCCAGGUAUGGGCUUUAUUAAUACAACCUUUCUCUGUGUAUUAUGUCCAAGUUAUUACCCUGUUUCAGGCCCCGUCUCCACGGUUGCGCACUGUUCAUGACCUUUUAACUGAGAUUACUUUUCUCACCUCUUGAACUACUCUGAAAACGGAUGACAAAUAGCAAUAGCACUGUUUGAAAUGACCUCUCAUCAAUAGAUGGAAGGAGUUGAGCAGAGGAUAGGAGAGAGGAGCUAUGCAGUCAGUGCUGCUGACAUUGGCAUAUUUCCUCUCCUCCGGAUCCCAUUGAAGUUCUCCCCAUAGUUCUCUCUGACAGAAUUAGAGAACAUGUCAAAAGGCCAAAUGACCUUCAGAAGCUCUACUAGCCAGGUUAUAUCAGUACCUCUUUUAAUUUUAUUUUUUCUUAGGGGGUAGAUCAGCUUUAAUAUUGCAGAUGGAUUGUAACUUCCAUCAAUGUAAUUGUCUGCAUCACUUCCAAUCCCCAUUAUGUUUUUUUCUCUCUCGCAUAUAUAUAUAUAUAUAUAUAUAUAUAUAUAUAUAUAUAUAUACAGUGAGGGAAAAAAGUAUUUGAUCCCCUGCUGAUUUUGUACGUUUGCCCACUGACAAAGAAAUGAUCAGUCUUUAAUUUUAAUGGUAGGUUUAUUUGAACAGUGAGAGACAGAAUAACAACAACAAAAUCCAAAAACACGCAUGUCAAAAAUGUUAUAAAUUGAUUUGCAUUUUAAUGAGGGAAAUAAGUAUUUGACCCCUCUGCAAAACAUGACUUAGUACUUGGUGGCAAAACCUUUGUUGGCAAUCACAGAGGUCAGAUGUUUCUUGUAGUUGGCCACCAGGUUUGCACACAUCUCAGGAGGGAUUUUGUCCCACUCCUCUUUGCAGAUCUUCUCCAAGUCAUUAAGGUUUCGAGGCUGAUGUUUGUCAACUCGAACCUUCAGCUCCCUCCACAGAUUUUCUAUGGGAUUAAGGUCUGGAGACUGGCUAGGCCACUCCAGGACCUUAAUGUGCUUCUUCUUGAGCCAGUCCUUUGUUGCCUUGGCCGUGUGUUUUGGGUCAUUGUCAUGCUGGAAUACCCAUCCACGACCCAUUUUCAAUGUCCUGGCUGAGGGAAGGAGGUUCUCACCCAAGAUUUGACGGUACAUGGCCCCGUCCAUCGUCCCUUUGAUGCGGUGAAGUUGUCCUGUCGCCUUAGCAGAAAAACACCCCCAAAACAUGGAGGUUUCCACCUCCAUGUUUGACGGUGGGGAGGGUGUUCUUGGGGUCAUAGGCAGCAUUCCUCCUCCUCCAAACACGGCGAGUUGAGUUGAUGCCAAAGAGCUCAAUUUUGGUCUCAUCUGACCACAACACUUUCACCCAGUUCUCCUCUGAAUCAUUCAGAUGUUCAUUGGCAAACUUCAGACGGCCCUGUAUAUGUGCUUUCUUGAGCAGGGGGACCUUGCGGGCGCUGCAGGAUUUCAGUCCUUCACGGCGUAGUGUGUUACCAAUUGUUUUCUUGGUGACUAUGGUCCCAGCUGCCUUGAGAUCAUUGACAAGAUCCUCCCGUGUAGUUCUGGGCUGAUUCCUCACCAUUCUCAUGUUCAUUGCAACUCCACGAGGUGAGAUCUUGCAUGGAGCCCCAGGCCGAGGGAGAUUGGCAGUUAUUUUGUGUUUGUUCCAUUUGCGAAUAAUCGCACCAACUGUUGUCACCUUCUCACCAAGCUGCUUGGCGAUGGUCUUGUAGCCCAUUCCAGCCUUGUGUAGGUCUACAAUCUUGUCCCUGACAUCCUUGGAGAGCUCUUUGGUCUUGUCCAUGGUGGAGAGUUUGGAAUCUGAUUGAUUGAUUGCUUCUGUGGACAGGUGUCUUUUAUACAGGUAACAAGCUGAGAUUAGGAGCACUCCCUUUAAGAGUGUGCUCCUAAUCUCAGCUCGUUACCUGUAUAAAAGACACCUGGGAGCCAGAAAUCUUUCUGAUUGAGAGGGGGUCAAAUACUUAUUUCCCUCAUUAAAAUGCAAAUCAAUUUAUAAAAAUUUUGACAUGCGUUUUUCUGGAUUUUUUUGUUGUUAUUCUGUCUCUCACUGUUCAAAUAAACCUACCAUUAAAAUUAUAGACUGAUCAUUUCUUUGUCAGUGGGCAUACUUUUUUCCCUCACUGUGUAUAUAUAUAUAUAUAUAUAUAUAUAUAUAUAUAUAUAUAUAUAUAUAUAUAUAUAUAUAUAUACAUACAUACAUACAUGCAUACAUACAUGCAUACAUACAUACAUACAUACAUACAUACAUACAUACAUACAUACAUACAUACAUACAUACAUACAUACAUACAUACAUACAUACAUACAUAUACAUUUGCUUUAAAAAAAAUAUAUUUCCCUUUAUUACUUUCCAACCCCACCACCCCUUCCCUAAUUGGAUACAGUCCUGUGUAGCUCAGUUGGUAGAGCAUGGCGCUUGCAACGCCAGGGUUGUGGGUUCGAUUCCCACGGGGGACCAGUAUGAAAAAAUGUAUGCACUCACUAACUGUAAGUUGCUCUGGAUAAGAGCGUCUGCAAAAUGACUAAAAUGUCAAAUGUAAACAUGUAAACUAGUGAACAACAAUGCUUAUACAUUUCAUGGACACAGCCAAUCUCACAAUAAUUCUACUUUGUUUGUUUUUACUCCUGAACUUCCUCUACCCUCAACCUCUCCGAUCAUUUUCAUGAUGUCCAUCCGGACAAGUUCCUUACAUUUUCCCCCUUCCACUUUCCUCUUCCAUUUUUGCGGUAAUGCUGCAAUUAUUUGGUUGUAAUUUUGGGUAGAGCAGACAUUUCCAUAUGUUUUUGUUAGCUGCAUGUGCGACAUAACUCCACCAGUCCUACCGAUGAUAUCAUUUACGAAGAUUAUACCUUUAAAAAAUUUUUUUUUAGCAAUUAGUAUUUUGGAGUUUAACCACAAUAUUUGUUGCAUUAUUUGUUCUGUCGUUUCUGGAGGAUUCAAUUGAAAUUGCAACCAACUUUCUAUGGCUUGUUUUAGAAAUAGUGAUAUUUGGGAGAUUUCCUUUUCAAAUAACUGAAAGUGUGAGGUUGUAAUCUGAAUAAAUGGAAAAAGGCCAUUCUUGAACAUUGGUAGAGAACCAGUUCGGAUUUAAGUAUAACUUUUUUUGUAUGACUGAAGCUUUUAGUGAUAGGUCUAAAGCUUUAAUAUUUAAUCAUUGCUGUCCUCUGAAUUCAUAUUCAUUAUAUAAAUAGGCCAGUUUAAUUUUGUCUGGCUUGCCGUUCCAAAUAAAAUUGAAUCUUUUUUUCUCAUAUCUCAUAUUUUUUUCUCAUAAAAACUGUUCGCUAGGCGUAGGCAAGACCAUAAGCAAAUAGGUAAACUGGGAUAAUACUAAAGAGUUAAUCAAGGUGAUUUUUCCACAAAUUGACAGGUAUUUACCUUUCCAUGGUAGCAAGAUCUUAUCUAUUUUUGCUAACUUUCUAUUAAAAUGUGUUGCAGUGAGAUCAUUUAUUUCAUUUGGGAUAUGUAUUCCGAGCAUAUACACAUCACCAUCAGACCAUUUUAUUGGUAAACUACAUGGUAAUGUAACUUUUUUAUUUUUUAGUUAUCCAAUACGUAAUAUAGUACAUUUAUCAUAAUUUGGUUGUAAUCCAGAGAGGUUAGAAAAUGUAUCUAGAUUCUCUGAAGUUGUGGAUUUAAAAGAAAACAUGAAUCAUCAGCGUACAAUGACACUUUUGUUUUUAAGCCCUGUAUUUCUAAUCCUUUUAUAUUAUUGUUGGAUCUGAUUUUAAUAGCUAACAUCUCAAUGGCCGUAAUAAAUAGAUAUGCCGAUAGUGGACAACCUUGUUUCACUCCUCUUGACAGUUUAAAGCUUUCUGAGAAAUAGCCAUUAUUUACUAUUUUACACCUAGGGUUACUAUACAUGAUUUUAACCCAUUUUAUAAGAGAUUCUCCAAAAUUGAAAUGCUCCAGGCAUUUAUAUAUAAACCCCAGUCGUACUUUAUCCAAUGCCUUUUCGAAGUCUGCUAUGAAUAGCAGGCCUGGAUUCCCAGAUUUUUCAUAGUGUUCUAUUGUUUCCAGUACUUGCCUUUAUAUUAUCUCCAAUGUAUCUUCCAUGUAAAAAACCUGUCUGAUUAGAAUGAAUAAUGUCAGACAAUACCUUUUUAAUUAUAUUUUGCUAGAAUUUUUGCAUCACAACACUGAAGUGUAAGGGGCCUCCAAUUUUUUAAAUGGACUGGAUCUUUUGUAUUUUCCACUUGUGUCCUUUUUCAGUAAUAAUGAAAUCAGACCUUCUUCUUGAGUGUCUGAUAAUCUACCAUUUACAUAGGAGUGGUUAAAACAUGCUAAUAACGGUCCUCAGAGUAUAUCAAAAAAGGUUUGGCAUACCUCGACUGGUAUGCCAUCCAACCCUGGAGUUUUCCCGGACUUAAAGUCUUUAAUUGCAUCCAGAAGUUCCUCCUCUGUAAUUUCACCUUCACAUGAGUCUUUCUGUAUGGCUGUUAAUUUUACAUUAUCAAUAGAAAAAAAAAACUCUACAAUUAGCUUCAGUUAGAGGAGAUGGAGGCGACUGAAACAAAAACAUAUGCUUAAAGUACUUUGUUUACUCCUUCAAAAUAUAAUUUGGUGAAUCAUGGGUGACUCCGUCAUUUGUAACCAGUUUCAGUAAAUUAUUUUUGGUAGCAUUUCAAUGCUGAAGAUUAAAAAAUAAUUUGGUGCAUUUUUCCCCAUAUUCCAUCCAGUUUGCUUUAUUUUUAUAAUAUAUUACACUUGAUCUUUCUUGAAUACGUUUCUCCAUUAAUUUUGGUUUUUCCUCUAAUUUAUUCUUUUUUAAUUUUAAUUUUAACCUUUAUUUAACUAGGCAAGUCAGUUAAGAACACAUUCUUAUUUACAAUGACGGCCUACACCGGCCAAACCCGGACGACGGUGGGCCAAUUGUGCGCUGCCCUAUGGGACUCCCAAUCACGGCCAGUUGUGAUACAGCCUGGAAUCGAACCGGGGGUCUGUAGUGACGCCUCAAGCACUGAGAUGCAGUGCCUUAGACCGCUGCGCCACUCGGGAGCCCAUUCUGAGCCUCUAUGUUAGUUUUUAUUGCUAUCGAUCUGUUCUGUUAGACCUUCUAUUUCCUUUGUUAGUAUGGACUCUUUUGACCUAAAUUGCUUUUGUUUUCGAGAUGAGUACUGAAUUGCAUAAAGGCACAUUCAAAGGUAUCCCAUACAAUAAAGGGAUUUGCUGUACCUAUAUUAUGUCGGAAAAAAUCAGUUAUGAAUUCCUCUGUCCUAGUUAAAAACAAGUUAUCAUCCAAUAGGCUUUGAUUAAAUUUCCAAUAUCCUCGCCCAUGUGGAAAUUCAGUAAGAGUAAUGUAUAUGCCAAUUAUAUGAUGGUCCGACCGCAUUCUGUCCCCUAUCAACACUUUUUAAACUUUUGGUGCCAACGAGAAUGACAUAAGAAAGAAGUAAAGACGACUAGCUUGAUUGAGUCUCCGCCAUGUAUAUCUCACUAGAUCAGGAUAUUUAAGCCUCCAUAUAUCUACUAGUUCUAAUGUAUCCAUGACAUUCAUGAUUUCCUUAAGAGCAUGAGGGUGAUUGUUUGUAGUGUGAUUUCCUUUACGGUCCAUUGAGCUAUUUAAAACAGUAUUAUAAUCCCCCACCAUAAUAAUAUUGUCUUGAAUUGCUUGCAGGGUUGAUAAUUUAUUAUAUAUAUUGUCAAAGAAGUGUGAAUCAUCAUUAUUUGGUCCGUAAAGGUUAAUGAGCCAUAUCUGUUUAUGGUCCAAUAACAUAUUUAAAAUAAUCCAUCUACCUUGCGUAUCUGUUUGGACAAUUUGCACAUUCGGAUCGAAAUUAAUAUCAUCAUCCCUUUUGAGUUUCUUAGCCCAUGGGAGAAGUAUAUUUCACCCCCCCCCCCCCCCCCCCCCCCCCCCCAUUCCUUUUUCCAUGCAACUUCAUCUAGACUUGUUGAAUGAGUUUCCUGUAAACAAUAGAUAUUAUAUUCCUUCUCUUUGAGCCAUGUAAAUAUUGUUCUUCUUUUGUUAUUAUCUCUUUGUUUCGCUUAGAUAGAUACCUAUAGAUGCCCACUCCUUCUCCCAUCUUCCACUCCUACCUACCUUCCAUUACACUCGGCACAUCUUUCCACAGUUCUAGUGUUUUAUAAGAGUUGAUGCUUUAUCUUCUAGAACUAAAGUGCCUGAGGGCUGCUAAAUGUUGGGCUUUGGCAAUAUCGGAGGCGGCAGAUAUGUAUGAUGCUUUAAUAUCCGUGAUCUGCGGGGAGUCGGUGGAGGAUGGAUGGAUGGAUGGAUGGAUGGAUGGAUGGAGGGAAGUAGGAGAGGCAUUGGAGAUGGAGGGAUGGAUUCAAAUAAGUGUUGGCAAUCCCCCUCUGAUUGGCUAUCGCUCUCUCUUUCUCUCCACUGCAGGGGCACACACUUUCAAUUAGCUCGUCCCUUCAUACCAGCCCAUGUGCAACGUACACACACACACACACACCACUCACUGCACAUACAGCUCUCUUUCUCCAGACGUUUCUACAAAGAUUGAGAUUUCACAUACAUUUCAUUAAUGAGGUGUGAUGGCUUAGAAUGUUAUUCCCUAAACUGUAAUUAUAGAUCUAUGUAAGUAUACUCUGGUGUGUAAAGUAUGCUGAUUCUCUUCUGAAGUCUCUAUUGGUCUAUCACAAAGUGCUUGUAUCCUUAUCUCGUUUUAUGAAUGCCUGUGUUUUUUACAUAAAUGUGAAUUGAAUGUGUAUUAACGUCUGUGUGUUCCUGUGCGUCACGACAGGUUACAGCACCAUGAGUCCUCAGGAGGACAGCGAGAACCCUCCCUGCAACAACGACCCCCUGUCGGCCGGCGUGGACGUGGGGAACCACGACGACGACCUGGAUCUGGACGCGCCCCCUCAGACGGCGGCACUGCUCAGCCACAAGUUCCACCCGUACCGCCACCCGCCCCACCACCAGCUCCACACACACACACACCACCUGCAGGCAGCAGUCACUGUGCACAGUGUGGACGCAGAGUGC